ACAUUCAGUUCGUUUUCAGCGCGCGUGCGGUGCGGUUCUCUGCCAAGUGGGCUUCUCUUUUCUCUGUGGACAGUGUGUUAAGUGUGGAGCUCCACACCACUGAAUAAUCUAUCUUAACGGAGAUCAUUGCCUUAUUUGCCUAGGCGGGGAAUCUAACAUCCAUCGUCUAAUUGCAGUGAAAGUUGCCGGGCUUUUUUGAUCAAUUUUACCCUGUGAAAAUUCCGAAAAACCAAACGCGCGCAAAGCAAUCAAAAAGUGUUCAUAAGAAAAGCGUUAAAUAUUGUUAAGUACAACAAUAAGCAACAAAAAAAAAAUAUUCCAGUGUCUGUGAGUCUGCCAAAACGCGCGUGUGUGUGUGUGUUUUUCUGCGCUUUUGACGGCUGCUUUGGCAGCAGCCAAGUAAGAAACAAGGCUUUUUUGCUGGCGUCGCUCUUCGUUGGCAGCUGUUGGCAGUAUGAACUGAUUUUGGCCGAAAGUUGAUGAAUAAAAUGCAAAAAUGAAAAUAUUUUUGCCACUAGUCACGUGGAUAGUGCUACUACUCUCGAGUGCAGUACAUUCACAAUAUUCACAACAACCGCAACCAUUCAAGACGAACUUGAGGGCGAAUAGUCGGUUUCGCGGCGAGGUCUUCUACCUGAACCUCGAGAAUGGCUACUUUGGCUGCCAAGUCAACGAGUCCACCGAAUAUUUGCAGCUAUUCAACCUAUCGAAACUAUGCGACGGCACCCAAGAUUGUUUUCUGGGUGCCGAUGAGCUGAGCAAAGAGCUCAAAUGCACAAAUGACUGUGAUAAGGAUGGCACCCAGUGCACACAUGGCGCGUGUUUGAACGGCGUCUGCCAUUGCAAUGACGGCUACGGCGGUUGCAAUUGCGUGGACAAAGAUGAGAACGAAUGCAAACAGCGGCCGUGCGACGUGUUCGCCCAUUGCACAAACACACUGGGCAGCUUUACGUGUACCUGCUUUCCGGGCUAUCGCGGCAAUGGCUUCCAUUGUGAAGACAUUGACGAAUGCCAAGAUCCCGCGAUAGCAGCGCGAUGCGUGGAGAACGCCGAGUGCUGCAACCUGCCGGCGCACUUCCUCUGCAAGUGCAAGGAUGGCUACGAGGGCGACGGCGAGGUUCUCUGCACGGAUGUGGACGAGUGCCGCAAUCCGGAGAACUGCGGCCCCAACGCCCUGUGCAUCAAUACGCCGGGCAACUAUACAUGCUCCUGCCCGGAGGGAUAUGUGGGCAACAAUCCGUUCCGGGAGGGCUGCCAGGAUGUGGACGAGUGCUCGUACCCGAAUGUCUGCGGACCCGGUGCCAUAUGUACGAAUCUCGAGGGCAGUUAUCGCUGCGACUGCCCGCCGGGAUACGAUGGCGAUGGACGCUCGGAUUCGGGCUGCGUGGACCAGGAUGAGUGCGCCCGGUCGCCAUGCGGCCGCAAUGCGGACUGUUUGAACACGGACGGCAGCUUCCGCUGCCUGUGUCCGGACGGAUACAGCGGUGAUCCCAUGCACGGCUGCGAGGAUGUCGAUGAAUGCGCCACUAACAAUCCAUGCGGUUUGGGUGCUGAAUGCGUGAACCUGGGCGGUAGCUUCCAGUGCCGCUGUCCCCUUGGCUUUGUGUUGGAGCACGAUCCGCAUGCGGAUCAGUUGCCCCAGAAUCCCCAACAACUGGGCUACGGGCCGGGGGCGACGGACGUGGUGCCCUACCAGCGGACCUCGGGCGCCGGUCUGGCGUGCCUGGACAUCGACGAGUGCAACCAGCCGGAUGGGGUGGCCAAAUGCGGCACCAACGCCAAGUGCAUCAAUUUCCCCGGCUCGUACCGCUGCCUGUGUCCGAGUGGAUUCCAAGGACAGGGCUAUUUGCACUGCGAGAACAUCAACGAGUGUCAGGAUAAUCCGUGUGGGGAGAACGCGAUCUGCACGGAUACCGUUGGCAGCUUCGUGUGCACCUGCAAGCCGGACUAUACCGGUGAUCCGUUCCGCGGAUGUGUGGAUAUCGAUGAGUGUACCGCUCUGGACAAACCCUGCGGACAACAUGCGGUAUGCGAGAACGCAGUUCCCGGCUACAAUUGCAAGUGCCCGCAGGGAUACGACGGCAAACCCGAUCCCAAGGUGGCCUGCGAACAGGUGGACGUGAAUAUCCUGUGCAGCAGUAACUUCGAUUGUACCAACAAUGCGGAGUGUAUUGAGAACCAGUGCUUCUGCUUGGACGGCUUCGAACCCAUCGGAUCCAGUUGUGUGGACAUCGAUGAGUGUCGCACCCACACGGAGGUGUGUGGUCCGCAUGCCCAGUGCUUGAAUACCCCCGGAUCCUAUAGCUGUGAGUGCGAGGCCGGGUAUGUGGGCAGUCCGCCAAGGAUGGCCUGCAAGCAGCCGUGCGAGGAUGUACGGUGUGGAGCCCAUGCUUACUGCAAGCCGGAUCAGAACGAAGCGUACUGUGUGUGCGAGGAUGGAUGGACCUACAACCCAAGCGACGUCGCCGCGGGAUGUGUGGACAUCGAUGAGUGCGAUGUGCUGCAUGGACCGUUCGGAAGUUGUGGCCAGAAUGCCACAUGCACGAACAACGCUGGAGGAUUCACGUGUGCCUGUCCUCCCGGCUUCUCGGGAGAUCCGCAUGCCAAGUGCGUGGAUGUGGACGAGUGCCGCACGGGGGCCAGCAAAUGUGGAACCGGAGCCGAGUGCGUGAAUGUACCAGGUGGUGGCUACACAUGCCGCUGCCCCGAGAACACCAUUGCCGAUCCGGAUCCCAGUGUGAGAUGUGUGCCCAUUGUGAGCUGCACCUCCAACACGGACUGUCCCGGCAACUCCAUUUGUGAUGCGACCAAGCGUUGCCUGUGCCCCGAACCGAAUAUUGGCAACGACUGCCGUCAUCCUUGCGAAGCCCUGAAUUGUGGAGCACAUGCCCAGUGCAUGCUGGCCAACGGACAGGCGCAGUGCCUGUGUGCUCCUGGAUAUACGGGAAACUCAGCUCUUCCGGGUGGCUGUAAUGACAUCGACGAAUGCCGGGCUAAUCCCUGCGCGGAGAAGGCCAUCUGUACCAAUACAGCCGGAGGCUAUCUGUGCCAGUGUCCCGGGGGAUCCAAUGGAGAUCCAUACCGCGAGGGAUGCAUUACCUCUAGGGUAAAGGAGGGUUGCUCCGACUCCAAUCCGUGUGCGACGGGCGAGAGCUGCGUCCAAGACUCGUACACCGGCAACAGUGUGUGCAUCUGCCAGCAGGGUUACGAGCGCAAUCCGGAGAAUGGCCAGUGCCAGGAUGUGGAUGAGUGCUCUGGGCAGAGGGGAGGAAAGCCUGCCUGCGGACUGAAUGCUCUCUGCAAGAAUCUGCCUGGUAGCUACGAGUGCCGCUGUCCCCAGGGACACACCGGGAACCCCUUCCUCAUGUGCGAGGUCUGCAAUACGCCGGAGUGCCAGUGUCAGGCGCCGUACAAGCUUGUGGGCAACAGCUGUGUUCUCUCGGGAUGCUCAAGUGGAAAGGCCUGUCCCAGCGGAGCCGAGUGCAUUUCGAUUGCCGGAGGAGUCAGUUACUGCGCUUGUCCCAAGGGAUAUCAAACGCAGCCGGAUGGAAGCUGCGCCGACGUCAACGAGUGCGAGGAACGUGGCUCCAAAUUGUGCGCCUUUGGAGCAAUGUGCGUGAAUAAGCCAGGAAGCUACAGUUGCCAUUGCCCAGAGGGAUACCAAGGAGAUGCCUACAACGGGCUGUGUGCCCCGGCCCAGAGGAAGUGCGCUGCCGACAAGGAGUGUGCCAGCAACGAGAAGUGCAUCCAGCCGGGAGAGUGCGUGUGCCCACCACCGUACUUCCUGGACCCGCAGGACAACAACAAGUGCAAGAGCCCCUGCGAACGCUUCCCGUGCGGCAUCAAUGCCAAGUGUACGCCCUCGGAUCCACCACAAUGCAUGUGCGAAGCUGGAUUCAAGGGAGAUCCCCUGCAGGGCUGCACGGAUGAGGACGAGUGCUCGCAUCUGCCAUGCGCCUAUCGGGCCCACUGUGUGAACAAGAAGGGUGGUUAUCAGUGCGUUUGCCCCAAGGAUCACACCGGAGAUCCGUACAAGAGUGGCUGCAUCUUCGAGAGCAGCACCGUGAAGAGCAAGUGCCUGAGCAACGAUGAUUGCGCCAGUAAUCUGGCCUGCCUCGAGGGAACCUGCGUGAGUCCAUGCAGCAGUCUCCUCUGUGGAUCCAAUGCCUACUGCGAGACGGAGCAGCAUGCGGGCUGGUGUCGCUGCCGCGUGGGAUUCGUGAAGAACGGCGACGGCGACUGUGUGUCGCAGUGCCAGGACGUGAUCUGUGGCGACGGCGCCCUCUGCAUUCCCACCAGCGAGGGACCCACCUGCAAGUGUCCGCAGGGACAGCUGGGCAAUCCCUUCCCCGGCGGCAGCUGCUCCACGGAUCAGUGCUCGGCCGCCCGGCCCUGUGGCGAGCGACAGAUCUGCAUCAAUGGCAGGUGCAAGGAGCGCUGUGAGGGCGUGGUCUGCGGCAUCGGAGCCACCUGCGACAGGAGCAACGGAAAGUGCGUCUGCGAACCGAACUUUGUGGGCAAUCCCGAUCUGAUCUGUAUGCCGCCCAUUGAGCAGGCAAAGUGCUCGCCGGGAUGCGGAGAGAAUGCCCACUGCGAGUACGGUUUGGGUCAGAGCCGUUGUGCCUGUAACCCCGGAACCUUUGGCAAUCCCUACGAGGGCUGUGGAGCGCAGAGCAAGAACGUGUGCCAGCCCAAUAGUUGUGGACCCAAUGCGGAGUGCCGAGCGGCGGGCAAUCACAUUAGCUGUCUCUGCCCGCAGGGCUUCAGUGGUAAUCCCUACAUCGGUUGCCAGGAUGUGGACGAGUGUCUGAAUAAACCAUGUGGCCUCAAUGCUGCCUGCCUCAAUAGAGCCGGAGGAUUCGAGUGCCUGUGCCUCUCGGGACAUGCGGGUAAUCCCUACAGCAGCUGCCAGCCCAUUGAGAGCAAGUUCUGCCAGGAUGCCAACAAGUGCCAGUGCAACGAGCGUGUGGAGUGUCCGGAUGGGUAUAGUUGCCAGGAGGGCCAGUGCAAGAACCUCUGCUCGCAGGCCUCGUGUGGCCCCAGGGCCAUCUGCGAUGCCGGAAAGUGCAUCUGCCCCAUGGGCUACAUUGGAGAUCCGCAGGACCAAGUGCAGGGAUGCAGCAUUCGUGGUCAGUGUGGCAACGAUGCGGACUGCCGCCACUCGGAGAUCUGCUUCCAGUUGGGCAAGGGUCUGCGCAAGUGCGUGGACGCCUGCUCCAAGAUUCAGUGUGGACCGAAUGCCCUUUGCGUCUCCGAGGAUCAUCGCUCCUCGUGCAUAUGCUCCGAUGGAUACUUUGGCAACCCAAGCAACCUGCAGGUUGGCUGUCAGCCGGAGAGAACAAUCCCCGAGGAGGAGGAUAAAUGUAAAUCUGAUCAAGACUGCGAACGAGGAUUUGGAUGUCAGGCCAGCCCCCACGGCACUCGUGAGUGCAUCAACCUGUGCUCCAAUGUUGUCUGCGGACCCAACGAGCUCUGCAAGAUUAAUCCAGCCGGACAUGCCAUUUGCAAUUGCGCCGAGAGCUAUGUGUGGAACCCAGUGGUCUCCUCCUGCGAGAAACCUUCGCUUCCGGACUGCACCAGUGACGCCAAUUGUCCCGAUGCAUCCGCCUGUCGUCCCGAUGUCUUGGGUGUGCUCAAGUGCGUCGCAAUCUGCGAUGCCUUCACCUGCCCGGCCAACUCCGUUUGCGUGGCUCGUCAGCACCAGGGACGAUGUGACUGUCUCUCCGGAUUCGUGGGUAACCCGAACGAUAGGAAUGGCUGCCAGCCGGCACAGAAACACCACUGCAAAAACCAUGCCGAGUGCCAGGAGUCGGAGGCCUGCAUCAAGGAUGAGGGCAGCCAAACCCUGGGCUGUCGUCCAGCCUGUGAUACCGUCAAGUGCGGACCCCGUGCCGUUUGCGUCACCAAUAACCAUCAGGCACAGUGUCAGUGUCCACCUGGACCCUUUGCCGGCGAUCCGUACGAUCCGUUCAAUGGCUGCCAGAGUGUUCCUUGUGUCUAUAACCAUGACUGUCCACCCAGCCAGAUGUGCAACCGGAUGACACACACCUGCUUCGAUGUGUGCGACGAGGAGUCGUGCGGCGAGAAUGCCAUUUGCCUGGCCGAGGAUCAUCGGGCCGUUUGCCAGUGCCCACCUGGAUUCAAGGGAGACCCGUUGCCGGAAGUGGCCUGCACCAAGCAAGGUGGCUGUGCGGCCGGAACCUGCCAUGCCUCUGCCAUUUGUGAGGUUACCCCGGAGGGACCCGUCUGCAAGUGUCCGCCGCUCUUUGUGGGGGAUCCCAAGGGAUCGGGCUGUCGUCCAGAUGGUCAGUGUCCCAAUGGAGAUGCCGAUUGCCCAGCGAACACAAUCUGCGCUGGCGGAAGAUGCCAGAAUCCCUGCGACAACGCCUGCGGUUCGAAUGCUGAGUGCAAGGUGGUCAACAGGAAACCCGUCUGCAGUUGUCCCUUGCGCUUCCAGCCUGUCUCCGAAACGGCCAAGGAUGGAUGUGCCCGCACCAUAUCGAACUGCCUCACCGAUGUCGACUGCGGAGGAGCGUUGUGCUACAACGGACAGUGCCGCAUUGCGUGCCGGGACUCGCAGGAUUGCUCCGAUGGCGAGAGCUGCCUGAAGAACGUCUGCGUGGUGGCCUGUCUGGAUCACAGCCAGUGUGGCAGUGGACUGGCCUGCGUGGAGGGUCACUGCACCAUCGGUUGUCGCAGCAACAAGGAGUGCAAGCAGGAUCAGUCCUGCAUCGAGAACAAGUGCCUGAACCCCUGUCAGUCGGCCAGCAGCUGUGGUCCGAAUGCCCUGUGCAGCAUUGCCCAGCACCGGAGCCAGUGCAGCUGUCCGGAGGGCUUCGAGGGCAACCCCACCCCGGAACAGGGAUGCGUGCGAGUGCCGGCUCCCUGCUUGGCCACCAACCAGUGUCCCAAUGGGCACAUGUGCAUCGGCAACCAGUGCAAUCUGCCCUGCACCAAGACCUCCGCUUGUGCGGUUGGCGAACGAUGCUAUCAACAGGUGUGCCGCAAGGUGUGCUACACCAGCAACAACUGUUUGGCCGGAGAGAUCUGCAACACGGACAGGACGUGCCAGCCAGGAUGUGAGUCCGAUGCCGACUGCCCGCCAACCGAGUUGUGUCUGACCGGAAAGUGCAAGUGCGCCACUGGCUUCAUUGGCACCCCAUUCGGUUGCUCCGACAUUGACGAGUGCACUGAGCAGCCGUGCCAUGCCAGCGCUCGGUGCGAGAACCUCCCAGGAACCUAUCGAUGCACAUGCCCCGAAGGAACUGUCGGCGAUGGCUACGGCCAGCAGGGAUGCGCCCAGCCCCGACAAUGCCACAAGCCCGACGACUGUGCCAACAAUCUGGCCUGCAUUCACGGCAAGUGCUCGGAUCCCUGCCUGCAAACGGUUUGCGGGGCCAAUGCCCACUGCCAGUCGGAGGGACACGAGGCGAUAUGCAGCUGUCCGGCUGGAUUCUUGGGUGACCCCAACGAUAGCGGCGUGGGUUGCUUCAAGGUGGAGUGCAUCGACCAUGUGGACUGUGCCGAAGAUCGUGCCUGCGAUGCGGAAACCAAUCGUUGCAUCAAACCCUGCGACCUGACCAGCUGCGGCAAGGGUAAUUGCCAGGUGGCUGAUCACAAGGCCAUUUGUGCCUGCUACGAGGGAUACCAGUUGGUCAACGGAAUAUGCGAGGACAUCAACGAGUGCCUGUCGCAGCCGUGCCACAGCACCGCCUUCUGCAACAACUUGCCGGGCAGCUACAACUGUCAGUGCCCCGAGGGAUUGAUCGGAGAUCCGCUGCAGGCCGGAUGUCGGGACCCCAAUGAGUGCCUGAGUGAUGCAGACUGUCCCGCCUCGGCCAGUUGCCAGAAUUCGCGAUGCCGAAGUCCCUGCGAACGACAGAAUGCCUGCGGCUUGAAUGCCAACUGCCAGGCCCAAUCGCACCAAGCUAUUUGCACAUGUCCCCUGAAUUCUCGCGGAGAUCCCACCAUCGAGUGUGUGCACAUUGAGUGCUCGGACAAUGAUGACUGCUCCGGGGAGAAGGCCUGCCUGGACGCCAAGUGCAUCGAUCCGUGCUCACUGCCCAAUGCCUGUGGGGCUCAGGCCCGUUGCUCGGUGCAGAACCACAUCGGAGUGUGCUCCUGUGAGGCGGGCAGCACCGGAGACGCCAAGUUGGGAUGCGUGCAGCUGCAGUACUGCCAGCAGGAUGGUCAGUGUGCCCAGGGAAGCAUCUGCUCGCACGGCAUCUGCAGUCCCCUGUGCAGCACCAAUCGCGAUUGCAUCUCGGAGCAGUUGUGCCUGCAGGGAGUCUGCCAGGGCACCUGCAAGUCGAACUCCACCUGUCCGCAGUUCCAGUUCUGCUCGAACAACAUUUGCACCAAGGAGCUGGAGUGCCGGGCGGAUAGCGAGUGUGGCGAGGACGAGACCUGUCUGAGUGACGCCUAUGGACGAGCCAGGUGUGAGCCCGUCUGCCUGGGUCGCGCUGCCUGCGGUAGGAAUGCCGAGUGUGUGGCCCGUUCCCAUGCCCCCGAUUGCCUCUGCAAGGAGGGUUUCUUCGGGGACGCCAAGUCCGGAUGCCGCAAGAUCGAGUGCAACAGCGACGAGGAUUGCUCGAAUGACAAGAGCUGCGACAACCACAUGUGCAAGAUUGCCUGCCUGAUCGGACAACCGUGCGGGGAGAAUGCCCUCUGCACCACCGAGCACCACCAGCAGGUGUGCCACUGCCAGCCCGGAUUCAGUGGCGAUCCGCGGGUGCGUUGCGAUGUCAUCGACUUUUGCCGGGACGCUCCGUGCGGACCCGGAGCACGUUGCCGGAACGCGAGGGGGUCGUACAAGUGCACCUGUCCCCCGGGCCUCGUUGGUGAUCCGUACAACGAGGGCUGCCGCAGCUCCGUCGAGUGCGAGACCAACGAGGACUGUCCCCCGCAUGCCGCAUGCACCAAGUCCAAUGGGGUGGCCAAGUGCCGCGAUGUCUGUGCCCAGCUGCAAUGUGGCCCCAAUGCGGAAUGUAUUCCGAAGGGCCAUGUGGCGCAGUGUGCAUGCCGCAGCGGCUACGACGGCCAACCCGCCGACCGGGUGGCCGGCUGUAAGCCGUUGCCCGUCCCCUGUCAGGUCACCGGCGACUGUCCGACCAACACCUACUGCUCGGAUAGCGUCUGCAAACCUGCCUGUGUACUGGACACCGAAUGUGGAGCAUCGGAGGUGUGUCAAGGUGGUCAAUGCUUCAAUCCCUGCCUGCAGCCGCAGGCCUGUGGACAGAAUGCCGAGUGCGUGAUACAGAAUCACUUGAAACAGUGCCAUUGCCCGGAGGGCUUCACCGGCGACUCUGCCAAGGAGUGCGUGCGUGUUCCGGUGGCCUGCGAUGGUGAAUGUGGACCUGGCUACACCUGCCGUGACUCCAUGUGCCUACCUGAGUGCCACAACGAUCUGGAGUGCGCCUCCAACGAAAAGUGCCUGAAGGGCAACUGCAUGCUGACCUGUCGUGUGGACAACGAUUGCUUCCUGGGUCACGUUUGCCUGCACAACAAGUGCGUCUACGGCUGCCAUGUGGACGAUGACUGCAGUGCCUCCGAGUCCUGUCGCAAUGACAAGUGCGUGAACCCGUGUGUGGAGAAUCCCUGUGGACCGAAUGCCGCCUGUUCGGUGUCCAACCACCGGGCCAGCUGCAGCUGCCUGGAGAGCAUGGUGCCCAAUCCAACGCCGCAGGUGGGCUGCGUCCGUUCGCCCCCCUUGGAAUGUCGCGAGAAUCGCGACUGUGGCAAUGGAUUGGCCUGCUUCGAGUCGGUUUGCCGACCCCUGUGCGCCGAUGAUGCCGGCUGUUUGACCAACGAGCGCUGCCAGCAGGGAGUAUGCAAACCGCUUUGCCGCCACGACAACGAAUGCGGUCAUGGAGAGCUCUGUCUGGGUCUGAAUUGUGUGCCCGGCUGCCGUUCCGAUCAGGGCUGCCCCCAGGACUUGUCGUGCGUGGGUCAACAGUGCGUGGAUCCAUGUGCCGAUCCCACUGCUUGCGGCACCAAUGCCCACUGCCAGACGAUCGAUCACAGGAAACAAUGCUCGUGCCCGGAGGGACUGGAUGGCAAUGCCAAUGUGGCCUGCAAAGUGCCUCGCAUUGCUUGUGGAAGGAACGAGGAUUGUCAAACGAAUCAGCUCUGCUACGCGGGAAGCUGCCAAGGAAAGUGCCGAAACGAUCAGAACUGCCUGGCAGACGAGCGUUGCAUGAGGGGAACCUGUAGGACCGUGUGCAACACGGAUGAGGCAUGUGCCCAGGGACAGAUAUGCGAGAAUCGCAUGUGCCAGACUGGUUGUCGUACCGAUUUGAGUUGUGCCAGCGACGAGGCCUGCGUGAACAAGAAGUGCCAGAACCCGUGUCGCACCCCUGGUCAAUGUGGCCAGUGUGCCGACUGCCUGGUGGUCAACCACGGAGUCCAAUGCCAGUGCCCCGCUGCCUUCAUGGGAGACGGUUUGACUGGCUGCCAACUGCCGCCGGAACGCUGCCAUCCUGGCUGCGAGUGCGAUGAGAACGGAGCCUAUUGUGCCACCAAGUGCUCUAGAACCGAGGACUGCGCCUGCGGACAACAGUGUGCCCGAGGAAAGUGCCGGAAUAAGUGCGGGCCCAAGCGUCAGUGCACGGUGGGUCAGCUCUGCGAGCGAGGCGCAUGCAUUGCCGGUUGCAAAUCAAACGGAGAUUGUGCCGCCGACCAGAGUUGUGUCAAUGGAAAGUGCUCCGAUCCGUGUGCGAAUGACAAGGCCUGCGGAAGGAAUGCCCUCUGCACCGUGUCCGAGCACCGGAUGCUCUGCUACUGCCCGGAUGGAUACGAGGGUGAGCCCAGUAAGGAGUGCGUGCAGUUCGAGUGUCGUGUGGACACCGAUUGCGACAGCAGCAAGCGCUGCGACCAAGGAAAAUGCCGUAACCCGUGUCUGGAGUUCGGAGCUUGUGGCACGAACGCCCAGUGUCGGGUGGUGGGUCGCAAGGCCCAGUGCUCCUGCCCGCCGGACUUCUUUGGCAAUCCGAUCAGCGAAUGCCGACCACUGGAGGGAGGAUGCUCUAGCAAGCCCUGUGGCGAGAACUCCAAAUGCACUGAGGUGCCCGGAGGCUAUGAAUGCGCCUGCAUGGAUGGAUGCAUUGGAGAUGCUCAUAAGGGAUGUCUCUGCGGUGGACCGCUGGUGAACGCCUGUCAGGAUCAGCCUUGUGGCUUGAACGCCGCCUGUCAUGUGCUGGACAACAAUCAAGCCGAGUGCUACUGCCCGGAGGACUUCCCCAAUGGCGAUGCCUAUGUGCAAUGUUACUUGACUCCGCCAAAACAGGAUUGUCGCACCCAAGGAUGUGAGGUGGGCGACUGCGUGCGCCAGGGCUAUGAAUAUGUCUGUCAGCAGGACACCGAACAAUGCUACUCAGAUACGGAUUGUCCCAGUGAAAAGUCAUGCCUCCAAGGACACUGCAGCGAUCCUUGUACAAUGCGUGGCGUGUGUGGUUUAAAUGCGCUGUGCAAAACUGUACUGCAUCGUCCGCGCUGCUCCUGCCCCAGUUGUCACAUCGGUCGGCCAGAGAUCGAGUGCAAGUCCGAUCCCAAGUGCCUGCCGGACGAUACGGAUGCCAAGACCAAGGAGCAGAUUCCAUGUUCCAGAGACUCGGAGUGUCCGGAGACGUUGCAGUGCGGCCAGUACGGCCAAUGCACGGAUCCGUGUAACAAUCCGCUCUUCAUCUGCGAGAGCAACAAAAAGUGCGAGACGCGACGUCACCAGCCAGUUUGCAUCUGCAAGUCUGGAUUCAUAGUUAAUGAAUACGGGGAACUGACGUGCGCCCCGGAUAAAAGAGAGUGCUAUCGCGAUGAUGACUGUGCCUCGAAUAUGGCCUGCACGGAUGGCAAGUGCCGAAACCCGUGCAUUGUACCACUGGGCCGAGCCGCGAUCUGUGCGGAAAACAAGUCUUGCGAGGUCCAGAACCACAAGCCCGUUUGCAUUUGCAUGCGCGAUUGCCAGCCAUCAAUAUCCAUAUGCCUGCGCGACGCCGGUUGUCCGGCUAGCCAGGCGUGCCGGAAGCUUAAGUGCAUCGAUCCGUGCGAGUUUGCCACGUGCGCACCCAACUCGCCAUGCAUUGUCGAGGAUCACAAGCCGAUAUGUAAAUUCUGCCCAGCUGGAUUUAUAGCCGAUGCCAAGAAUGGAUGCCAAAAAGCAGCUAAGCCAGGUGGCAACUGUACCUCAAACGAUGAUUGCAGUGAAGCGCACCAAUGUGGAUCGUCAGGUCAAUGUAUCGAUCCCUGUCACACCUUCUGUGCUGGCGCAGUUAAGUGUGUUACAUCAGCUCAUAGGGUUACCAUAUGUAUUUGCCCAGCCUCCUUUUCAAACACGACGGACUCGAACUGCAUUCCAACAGAAAAAUCAGUUGACAUUACAACCCAAAAAAUUGAAACGACUACGGACUCCGUCACUAUAAAAUACACUGCUAUGCAACUGGCCAAUCAAACUGAAAUGCGAACUCGCUUUACCGAUAUAGAAGCUGAAAAUGAAACAACAGUUUCAUACACAAGUACAACCGAAUCGUAUAAAACGACAAAACAACUGUCAAUUGAUACCACUUUUACUCAACCUGCAAAUGUCACUGCGUCGUCCUCUAUACUUACACGAACAACUCCUGGAGAAAUUACCACUAUACAAACUGAUCAAACAACCGUGACCGGUUUCCAAAUAAAUGAACUAACGACAGAAUCUACAAGAGAAGUAGCAAUUACAGGGUCUGUUGAUAGGUCCACUCUUGGGCCAUCAUCAUUAAGAACUACUGUCCCGACACUCACCCCUGAAGUGGCGGAACAGACAAUCACAUCUCUAAUCGAAGAAACAACUGAAAGGGCUACUGACGGUACUAAUCUUUCCACAGAGUCCACGGAUGGAACUACUCUACCCCAAAGUCGCGAAACACCCACGACUUUACCACGUACAACACCCGGACGAAUGACUCAACAAACGACAGAAUCUACAAGAGAAGUACCAACUACAGGACCUAUUGAUAUGUCCACUCUUGGGCCAUCAUCAUUAAGAACUACUGUCCCGACACUCACCCCUGAAACAACCACAAACAUCCCGAUUGGUACAACACGUGGGCAAGUGACAGAACAGACAACCACAUCUCUAAUCGAAGAAACAACUGAAAGGGCUACUGACGGUACUAAUCUUUCUACAGAGUCCACGGAUGGAACUACUCUACCCCAAAGUCGCGAAACACCCACGACCUUACCUCCGGGUACAACACCAGGACGAAUGACUCAACAAACGACAGAAUCUACAAGAGAAGUACCAACUACAGGGCCUAUUGAUAUGUCCACUCUAGGGCCAUCAUCAUUAAGAACUACUGUCCCGACACUCACCCCUGAAACAACCACAAACAUCCCGAUUGGUACAACACGUGGGCAAGUGACAGAACAGACAACCACAUCUCUAAUCGAAGAAACAACUGAAAGGGCUACUGACGGUAUUAAUGUUUCUACAGAGUCCACGGAUGGAACUACUCUACCCCAAAGUCGCGAAACACACCCGACAUUACCUCCGGGUACGACACCCGGACAAAUGACUGAACAAUCGACAGAAUCUACAAGAGAAGUACAAAAUACAGGACCUAUUGAUAUGUCCACUCUUGGGUCAUCAUCAUUAGGAACUACUGUCCCGACACUCACCCCCGAAACAACCACAAACAUUCCGAUUGGUACAACACGUGGGCAAGUGACAGAACAGACAACCACAUCUCUAAUCGAAGAAACAACUGAAAGGGCUACUGACGGUACCAGUCUUUCUACAGAGUCCACGGAUGCAACUACUCAACCCCAAAGUCGCGAAACACCCACGACUUUACCGCGUACGACACCCGGACAAAUGACUGAACAAUCGACAGAAUCUACAAGAGAAGUACCAACUACAGGGUCUAUUGAUAUGUCCACUCUUGGGCCAUCAUCAUUAAGAACUACUGUCCCGACACUCACCCCUGAAACAACCACAAACAUCCCGAUUGGUACAACACGUAGGCAAGUGACAGAACAGACAACCACAUCUUUAAUCGAAGAAACAACUGAAAGGGCUACUGACGGUACUAAUCUUUCUACAGAGCCCACUGAUGGAACUAGUGUACCCCAAAGUCGCGAAACACCCACGACCUUACCUCCGGGUACAACACCCCGACGAAUGACUCAACAAACGACAGAAUCUACAAGAGAAGUACCAACUACAGGGCCUAUUGAUAUGUCCACUCUUGGGCCAUCAUCAUUAAGAACUACUGUCCCGACACUCACCCCUGAAACAACCACAAACAUUCCGAUUGGUACAACACGUGGGCAAGUGACAGAACAGACAACCACAUCUGUAACCGAAGAAACAACUGAAAGGGCUACUGACGGUACUAAUCUUUCUACAGAGUCCACGGAUGGAACUACUCUACCCCAAAGUCGCGAAACACCCACGACUUUACCUCCGGGUACAACACCCGGACGAAUGACUCAACAAACGACAGAAUCUACAAGAGAAGUACCAACAACCACAAAUAUUCCGAUUGGUACAACACGUGGGCAAGUGACAGAACAGACAACCACACCUCUAACCGAAGAAACAACUGAAAGGGCUACUGACGGUACUAAUCUUUCUACAGAGUCCACGGGUGAAACUACUCUACCCCAAAGUCGCGAAACACCCACGUCUUUACCUCCGGGUACAACACCCGGACGAAUGACUCAACAAACGACAGAAUCUACAAGAGAAGUACCAACUACAGGGCCUAUUGAUAGGUCCACUCUUGGGCCAUCAUCAUUAGGAACUACUGUCCCGACACUCACCCCUGAAACAAUCACAAACAUUCCGAUUGGUACAACACGUGGGCAAGUGACAGAACAGACAACCACAUCUCUAACCGAAGAAAUAACUGAAAGGGCUACUGACGGUACUAAUCUUUCUACUGAGUCCACGGGUGGAACUACUCUACCCCAAAGUCGCGAAACACCCACGUCUUUACCUCCGGGUACAACGCCCGGACGAAUGACUCAACAAACGACAGAAUCUACAAGAGAAGUACCAACUACAGGGCCUAUUGAUAGGUCCACUCUUGGGCCAUCAUCAUUAGGAACUACUGUCCCGACACUCACCCCUGAAACAAUCACAAACAUUCCGAUUGGUACAACACGUGGGCAAGUGACAGAACAGACAACCACAUCUCUAACCGAAGAAACAACUGAAAGCGCUACUGACGGUAUUAAUGUUUCUACAGAGUCCACGGAUGGAACUAGUCUACCCCAAAGUCGCGAAACACCCACGACCUUACCUCCGGGUACAACACCCCGACGAAUAACUCAACAAACGACAGAAUCUUCAAGAGAAGUACCAACUACAGGGCCUAUUGAUAUGUCCACUCUUGGGCCAUCAUCAUUAAGAACUACUGUCCCGACACUCACCCCUGAAACAACCACAAACAUUCCGAUUGGUACCACACGUGGGCAAGUGACAGAACAGACAACCACAUCUUUAAUCGAAGAAACAACUGAAAGAGCUACUGACGGUAUUAAAGUUUCUACAGAGUCCACGGAUGGAACUACUCUACCCCAAAGUCGCGAAACACACCCGACAUUACCUCCGGGUACGACACCCGGACAAAUGACUGAACAAUCGACAGAAUCUACAAGAGAAGUACCAACUACAGGGCCUAUUGAUAUGUCCACUCUUGGGCCAUCAUCAUUAAGAACUACUGUCCCGACACUCACCCCUGAAACAACCACAAACAUCCCGAUUGGUACAACACGUGGGCAAGUGACAGAACAGACAACCACAUCUUUAAUCGAAGAAACAACUGAAAGGGCUACUGAUGGUACUAAUCUUUCUACAGAGCCCACUGAUGGAACUACUGUACCCCAAAGUCGCGAAACACCCACGACCUUACCUCCGGGUACAACACCAGAACGAAUGACUCAACAAACGACAGAAUCUACAAGAGAAGUACCAACUACAGGGCCUAUUGAUAGGUCCACUCUUGGGCCAUCAUCAUUAGGAACUACUGUCCCGACACUCACCCCUGAAACAAUCACAAACAUUCCGAUUGGUACAACACGUGGGCAAGUGACAGAACAGACAACUACACCUCUAACCGAAGAAACAACUGAAAGGGCUACUGACGGUACUAAUCUUUCUACAGAGUCCACGGGUGGAACGACUCUACCCCAAAGUCGCGAAACACCCACGUCUUUACCUCCGGGUACAACACCCGGACGAAUGACUCAACAAACGACAGAAUCUACAAGAGAAGUACCAACUACAGGGCCUAUUGAUAGGUCCACUCUUGGGCCAUCAUCAUUAAGAACUACUGUCCCGACACUCACCCCUGAAACAAUCACAAACAUUCCGAUUGGUACAACACGUGGGCAAGUGACAGAACAGACAACCACAUCUCUAACCGAAGAAACAACUAAAAGGGCUACUGACGGUAUUAAUGUUUCUACAGAGUCCACGGAUGGAACUAGUCUACCCCAAAGUCGCGAAACACCCACGACCUUACCUCCGGGUACAACACCCCGACGAAUGACUCAACAAACGACAGAAUCUACAAGAGAAGUACCAACUACAGGGCCUAUUGAUAUGUCCACUCUUGGGCCAUCAUCAUUAAGAACUACUGUCCCGACACUCACCCCUGAAACAACCACAAACAUUCCGAUUGGUACCACACGUGGGCAAGUGACAGAACAGACAACCACAUCUUUAAUCGAAGAAACAACUGAAAGAGCUACUGACGGUAUUAAAGUUUCUACAGAGUCCACGGAUGGAACUACUCUACCCCAAAGUCGCGAAACACACCCGACAUUACCUCCGGGUACGACACCCGGACAAAUGACUGAACAAUCGACAGAAUCUACAAGAGAAGUACCAACUACAGGGCCUAUUGAUAUGUCCACUCUUGGGCCAUCAUCAUUAAGAACUACUGUCCCGACACUCACCCCUGAAACAACCACAAACAUCCCGAUUGGUACAACACGUGGGCAAGUGACAGAACAGACAACCACAUCUUUAAUCGAAGAAACAACUGAAAGGGCUACUGAUGGUACUAAUCUUUCUACAGAGCCCACUGAUGGAACUACUGUACCCCAAAGUCGCGAAACACCCACGACCUUACCUCCGGGUACAACACCAGAACGAAUGACUCAACAAACGACAGAAUCUACAAGAGAAGUACCAACUACUGGACCUAUUGAUAUGUCCACUCUUGGGCCAUCAUCAUUAAGAACUACUGUCCCGACACUCACCCCUGAAACAACCACAAACAUUCCGAUUGGUACCACACGUGGGCAAGUGACAGAACAGACAACCACAUCUUUAAUCGAAGAAACAACUGAAAGGGCUACUGACGGUAUUAAUGUUUCUACAGAGUCCACGGAUGGAACUACUCUACCCCAAAGUCGCGAAACACACCCGACAUUACCUCCGGGUACGACACCCGGACAAAUGACUGAACAAUCGACAGAAUCUACAAGAGAAGUACCAACUACAGGGCCCAUUGAUAUGUCCACUCUUGGGCCAUCAUCAUUAAGAACUACUGUCCCGACACUCACCCCUGAAACAACCACAAACAUCCCGAUUGGUACAACACGUGGGCAAGUGACAGAACAGACAACCACAUCUUUAAUCGAAGAAACAACUGAAAGGGCUACUGAUGGUACUAAUCUUUCUACAGAGCCCACUGAUGGAACUACUGUACCCCAAAGUCGCGAAACACCCACGACCUUACCUCCGGGUACAACACCAGAACGAAUGACUCAACAAACGACAGAAUCUACAAGAGAAGUACCAACUACUGGGCCUAUUGAUAUGUCCACUCUUGGGCCAUCAUCAUUAAGAACUACUGUCCCGACACUCACCUCUGAAACAACCACAAACAUUCCGAUUGGUACAACACGUGGGCAAGUGACGGAACAGACAACCACAUCUCUAAUCGAAGAAACAACUGAAAGGGCUACUGACGGUACUAAUCUUUCUACAGAGUCCACGGAUGGAACUACACUACCCCAAAGUCGCGAAACACCCACGACCUUACCUCCGGGUACAACACCCCGACGAAUGACUCAACAAACGACAGAAUCUACAAGAGAAGUACCAACUACAGGGCCUAUUGAUAGGUCCACUCUUGGGCCAUCAUCAUUAAAAACUAUUGUCCCGACACUCACCCCUGAAACAACCACAAACAUUCCGAUUGGUACAACACGUGGGCAAGUGACGGAACAGACAACCACAUCUCUAAUCGAAGAAACAACUGAAAGGGCUUCUGACGGUACUAAUCUUUCUACAGAGUCCACGGAUGGAACUACACUACCCCAAAGUCGCGAAACACCCACGACCUUACCUCCGGGUACAACACCCCGACGAAUGACUCAACAAACUACAGAAUCUACAAGAGAAGUACCAACUACAGGCCCUAUUGAUAUGUCCACUCCUGGGCCAUCAUCAUUAGGAACUACUGUCCCGACACUCACCCCUGAAACAACCACAAACAUUCCGAUUGGUACAACACGUGGGCAAGUGACGGAACAGACAACCACAUCUCUAAUCGAAAAAACAACUGAAGGGGCUACUGACGGUACUAGUCUUUCUACAGAGUCCACGGAUGGAACUACACUACCCCAAAGUCGCGAAACACCCACGACUUUACCUCCGGGUACAACACCCGGACGAAUGACUCAACAAACGACAGAAUCUACAAGAGAAGUACCAACUACAGGGCCUAUUGAUAGGUCCACCCUUGGGCCAUCAUCAUUAAGAACUACUGUCCCCACACUAACCCCUGAAACAACUACAAAUAUUUCGAUUGGUACCACACGUGGGCAAGUGACAGAACAGACAACCACAUCUCUAAUCGAAGAAACAACUGAAAAGGCUACUGACGGUACUAAUCUUUCUACAGAGUCCACGGAUGGUACUACUCUACCCCAAAGUCGCGAAACACCCACGACUUUUCCUCCGGGUACAACACCCGGACGAAUGACCCAACAAACGACAGAAUCUACAAGAGAAGUCCCAACUACAGGGCCUAUUGAUAGGUCCACUCUUGGGCCAUCAUCAUUAAGAACUACUGUCCCGACACUCACCCCUGAAACAACCACAAACAUUCCGAUUGGUACAACACGUGGGCAAGUGACGGAACAGACAACCACAUCUCUAAUCGAAGAAACAACACCCGGACGAAUGACCCAACAAACGACAGAAUCUACAAGAGAAGUCCCAACUACAGGGCCUAUUGAUAGGUCCACUCUUGGGCCAUCAUCAUUAAGAACUACUGUCCCGACACUCACCCCUGAAACAACCACAAACAUCCCGAUUGGUACAACACGUGGGCAAGUGACGGAACAGACAACCACAUCUCUAAUCGAAGAAACAACUGAAAGAGCUACUGACGGUACUAAUCUUUCUACAGAGUCCACGGAUGGUACUACUCUACCCCAAAGUCGCGAAACACCCACGACCUUACCUCCGGGUACAACACCCCGACGAAUGACUCAACAAACGACAGAAUCUGCAAGAGAAGAACCAACUACAGGGCCUAUUGAUAUGUCCACUCUUGGGCCAUCAUCAUUAAGAACUACUGUCCCGACACUCACCCCUGAAACAACCACAAACAUUCCGAUUGGUACCACACGUUGGCAAGUGACAGAACAGACAACCACAUCUUUAAUCGAAGAAACAACUGAAAGAGCUACUGACGGUAUUAAUGUUUCUACAGAGUCCACGGAUGGACCUACUCUACCCCAAAGUCGCGAAACACACCCGACAUUACCUCCGGGUACGACACCCGGACAAAUGACUGAACAAUCGACAGAAUCUACAAGAGAAGUACCAACUACAGGGCCUAUUGAUAUGUCCACUCUUGGGCCAUCAUCAUUAAGAACUACUGUCCCGACACUCACCCCUGAAACAACCACAAACAUCCCGAUUGGUACAACACGUGGGCAAGUGACAGAACAGACAACCACAUCUUUAAUCGAAGACACAACUGAAAGGGCUACUGAUAGUACUAAUCUUUCUACAGAGCCCACUGAUGGAACUACUGUACCCCAAAGUCGCGAAACACCCACGACCUUACCUCCGGGUACAACACCAGAACGAAUGACUCAACAAACGACAGAAUAUACAAGAGAAGUACCAACUACUAGGCCUAUUGAUAUGUCCACUCUUGGGCCAUCAUCAUUAAGAACUACUGUCCCGACACUCACCCCUGAACCAACCACAAACAUUCCGAUUGGUACCACACGUGGGCAAGUGACAGAACAGACAACCAAAUCUUUAAUCGAAGAAACAACUGAAAGGGCUACUGACGGUACUAAUCUUUCUACAGAGUCCACGGAUGGAACUACACUACCCCAAAGUCGCGAAACACACCCGACAUUACCUCCGGGUACGACACCCGGACAAAUGACUGAACAAUCGACAGAAUCUACAAGAGAAGUACCAACUACAGGGCCUAUUGAUAUGUCCACUCUUGGGCCAUCAUCAUUAAGAACUACUGUCCCGACACUCACCCCUGAAACAACCACAAACAUCCCGAUUGGUACAACACGUGGGCAAGUGACAGAACAGACAACCACAUCUUUAAUCGAAGAAACAACUGAAAGGGCUACUGAUGGUACUAAUCUUUCUACAGAGCCCACUGAUGGAACUACUGUACCCCAAAGUCGCGAAACACCCACGACCCUACCUCCGGGUACAACACCAGAACGAAUGACUCAACAAACGACAGAAUCUACAAGAGAAGUACCAACUUCUGGGCCUAUUGAUAUGUCCACUCUUGGGCCAUCAUCAUUAAGAACUACUGUCCCGACACUCACCUCUGAAACAACCACAAACAUUCCGAUUGGUACAACACGUGGGCAAGUGACGGAACAGACAACCACAUCUCUAAUCGAAGAAACAACUGAAAGGGCUACUGACGGUACUAAUCUUUCUACAGAGUCCACGGAUGGAACUACACUACCCCAAAGUCGCGAAACACCCACGACCUUACCUCCGGGUACAACACCCCGACGAAUGACUCAACAAACUACAGAAUCUACAAGAGAAGUACCAACUACAGGGCCUAUUGAUAGGUCCACUCUUGGGCCAUCAUCAUUAAGAACUAUUGUCCCGACACUCACCCCUGAAACAACCACAAACAUUCCGAUUGGUACAACACGUGGGCAAGUGACGGAACAGACAACCACAUCUCUAAUCGAAGAAACAACUGAAAGGGCUUCUGACGGUACUAAUCUUUCUACAGAGUCCACGGAUGGAACUACACUACCCCAAAGUCGCGAAACACCCACGACCUUACCUCCGGGUACAACACCCCGACGAAUGACUCAACAAACUACAGAAUCUACACGAGAAGUACCAACUACAGGCCCUGUUGAUAUGUCCACUCCUGGGCCAUCAUCAUUAAGAACUACUGUCCCGACACUCACCCCUGAAACAACCACAAACAUUCCGAUUGGUACAACACGUGGGCAAGUGACGGAACAGACAACCACAUCUCUAAUCGAAGAAACAACUGAAAGAGCUACUGACGGUACUAAUCUUUCUACAGAGUCCACGGAUGGUACUACUCUACCCCAAAGUCGCGAAACACCCACGACCUUACCACCGGGUACAACACCCGGACGAAUGACCCAACAAACGACAGAAUCAACAAGAGAAGUCCCAACUGUACCAACUACAGAACCUGUUUAUAGUCAAGCAGAAUUGGAAACUACUGGCUCAACCACCACGGCCCAAACGACCUUUAAUAUUUCGAUUGGUACACCUCCGAGCCCCGUGACAACUGCAGUGUCAACGGAUACAACUAUUCCACCAGAAGGUUUUGAAAAACCCACAUCAAAAACUCAUGAAACAACUACAUAUACACCUGUUGACCUUACUACAUUUCAUUACACCUUAUCAGAAAAAGUUCAGCCAAUCACUACUAUUUUGCCUGUUUUAAACGAAUCCACUCCUAUAUCGGUUUUGAAACCCGUUGCAUCAACAACGCCUAUUGCGACAGACCUUACUGUGACAGAUAGCCCAACGACAGAAUUUGAAAAGAACUGCAGAACAGAUUACGAAUGCUCAGACGACCAGACUUGCUUAGGAGGGCUGUGCAUAUCCCCUUGCGAAUACUUUACCAAUCUCUGCACUGUGCAGAAUCUGACUAUUUGUCGUACAUUAAACCACACCACAUUGUGCUUCUGUGAUACCGCCGAUGAUGUAAAUAGACCCGAUUGCUCUAUGAAAGCAGAAAUCGGUUGCGCAUCGAGUGAUGAGUGCCCCUCCCAGCAGGCGUGCAUUAAUGCUCUUUGCGUGGAUCCUUGCACCUACAGUAAUCCCUGCAGCCGUAAUGAGGAUUGUCGUGUUCUUAACCAUCAGCCGUUGUGCUCAGCCGAACAUGGUCGCACGCCUGGCUGCGAGCAUUGUCCACCAGGCGCAAACUGUGAUCCCACAACUGGUGCUUGUAUAAAGGCUAAUGUAACAAUAACAACUAUUACUACCAAGAACUCCACAACUACCAAGAUACCAACGAAACCAAGAACAACAGCUAACCCAAACACAGGCGUCAAAAUGACACCGACUACCACAAGGGUCACCACAAGAAACACCACCACCACUACGACCACAACCACUACUACCACUUCCUCCACUAGCACUGAAUCGAGCACAAUCACAAGCGCUACUAACCAGACCAGUAAGAACCAAAAACCAGACACAGAAAGCACCACCUCCCACACCGAUGCUACAAGGCGCUACCGCGAUGGUGAGAACAACAUCACCGAUACACCAACUCCGAGGCCCCCGAUCCAGACGACGACGUUGCGGGGCGAAGAUAUUAUAAGUGACAGUCAGAGGCGGUCCACUACAACGCCCAAAAUGAAGACCACCAGGCUAGACACUUCCAACGAAGUUCCAGACACCACGACGGCAUGGCCGAUUGAAUUGCCGACCACAGAGGGCACCACCACGGAGGUCUACAGCACCAUCACCAUGAUUGCUCCACUGGGCAACACCACUGACAUCUCAUUAAUUAACCCAUGUACAGUAGAUACUAACUGUGCCCCUAACGAGCACUGUAAGCUGGGGCAUUGCCGUAAGAAAGUAGCGCCGCCGGGUUCACCGAAAACACCCGAGCCCUGUCAAUCUAACAACGACUGCAUUGAGAGCGAGGCCUGUUACAUGGGGGUGUGCCAGGAUCCGUGCGAGUUUGCAAAGAUUUGUGCCGCGAGUGCCAAGUGCACGGCCAAGAGUCAUCGACCGGUUUGCACCUGUCCUCAGGGUCAUGAGGGCAAUCCGAUGGUCAAAUGUGUAACCACUCAAACCUCAAUUGAAUGCACUGACAAUUCGGACUGCGGAGUCACGGAAGCGUGCAUCAAUCAGCUCUGCCAGCAUCCAUGCGAUGUCCAUGAUCCUUGUGCCACAAAUGCUGUUUGCAUCAACAGCAACCAUGCUGCUGAUUGCAGCUGUGCGGAUGGCUUCCAGGGCAAUGGAUUUAUUGGCUGCCAGCCAGCACGUCCCCAUGUCUGCCAAUACAAUGAGGACUGCCCGCCGACGAAACUCUGCGAUCGCCUUAACCGGCGCUGCAUUAAUCCCUGCCAGGAGGACUCCUGUGGCGAGAAUGCCGAGUGUAUUCCUGUGAACCACGGCACUGAUUGUCGCUGCCUGCCCGGUUUCCUGGGCAACGCCUAUGUGCAAUGUCUGCCUAGUCAAGGUUGCCGUUCCGAUUCUGAGUGCGACUUCAAUCAGGCCUGCAUCAACGGAAAGUGCUCAUCGCCCUGUCAAUGUGGAGCCUUUGCCCUCUGCGAUGUGGUCAACCAUCGUGGGGUGUGCAAAUGCCCUCCUGGCUACACCGGAAAUCCUCAGGUGGGCUGCAGUCCGCCCCGAGACCCAUGCGAUCCCAAUCCAUGUGGCUUAAAUGCCCUGUGCGAGCUGGACAAUGGUAACCCCAUCUGCUACUGCCCCAAGGGACUUACCGGAAAUCCAUUUAAAAAUUGCAUUCCGGAAGGAGAUGAGUGCUCACCGAAUCCCUGUGGUCCCAAUUCCGGAUGCCGUCGCGUGGAUGGCAACCCGAUUUGCUUCUGCCUGCCAGAGUACGAGGGUCAGCCGCCGUCGAUUCCUUGCGAGUUACCUUCGAAUCCCUGCGAUCCUUCGCCUUGCGGUCCGAAUACCCAGUGCUCCGUACUCAGCAACGGUUUCUCCAAAUGCACGUGUCUGCCCAACUAUGUGGAGAGUCCGAACACCAUUCGUGGCUGUGUGGAGCCCAUUAACCCAUGUGACCCCAACCCUUGUGGAACUGGAGCCAUUUGCGAUUCAUCACGUCAGCCCGUGUGCUACUGUCCGGACAACAAGAUUGGAAAUCCUUUCAGGCUGUGCGACAAGCCAGCCGUUACCAUUGAGCUCUGCCAGCCAGGACCAUGUGGCCGAAAUGCUGACUGCUAUGUGGCUGGAAAUCGCGAGGAGUGCUACUGUCGCUCCGGAUAUGUGGGAGAUGCCUACCAAGGAUGCCGUGAACCGAGUCGCACCGUCUGCGAUCCCAAUCCUUGCGGACCGAAUGCCAACUGCGUGGUGGCCGGCGAUGGACAAACCGCCUGCGUUUGUCCCGAUGGUUUGUCCGGUGAUCCCACUUCGCUGAUCGGCUGCCACGGGUACGAGUGCCAAGUGGACGCCGAUUGCCCGAACAGCAAGGCCUGCAUGGGCUACCGCUGCUACGAUCCCUGUCCUGGAGCCUGUGGCCAAGGAGCCCACUGCCGGGUGGAGGAACAUCACCCAGUUUGCUCGUGUAACUCUGGAUUGACUGGCAACCCAGGAGUUCGCUGCUAUGCACUGGACCAUCCCAAGACGAAUCCAUGCGUUCCCAGCCCGUGUGGCCGGAAUAGCGAGUGUAAGCUGUUGAACAACCGUGCUGUUUGCUCGUGCAUUCCAGGUUACUUGGGUGAUCCGCAGUCGGGAUGCCAGCCAGAGUGCGACAUCAACUCCGAUUGCGGUGAGACCUUGUCGUGCAUCAACCACAAGUGCGUGGAUCCCUGUGCCGGAGCCAUAUGUGGCAUAAAUGCCAUUUGUAAUGUACGCCAGCACACGCCAGUAUGUCUUUGCUUGGACGGAUUUGUUGGCGAUGCCUUUUUACAGUGCGUUGCCAUUGGAGUACUAAAGAACGUGUCGCGGGAUCCGUGUGCCCCGUCGCCCUGUGGACCCCAUGACGUCUGCUCGGUGUUCGGCGAUGGAGUUGCCCUUUGCGAUCCCUGCUUCGGACCCAAUGCCCAACAGAACCCCCGCUGUCGACCGGAGUGUGUGGCCAACUCUGACUGUCCGUUCGAUCGCGCCUGUUUGGGACAACGCUGUCAGGAUCCCUGCCCCGGAUCCUGCGGACGGAAUGCAGUGUGUAAUGUUUACGAGCAUAACCCUGUCUGCGCUUGUCCCACGGGACUCUUUGGAAACCCGUACGAACAGUGUACGACCCUGUCGGUGAUUGAGCCACCACCACAACCAAGCUGCGCCAAGCUCCAUUGCGGUGCCAAUGCGGAGUGCAAGCGUCAGCACAGUGGAUUGGCCUGCGUGUGCCGUAAGGGUUACUUUGGAGACCCGCAUAUCGGCUGUCGGCCAGAGUGCGUCCUGAAUAGUGACUGCCCUGCGGAGAAGGCCUGCCUGAACUCCAAGUGCGUGGAGGCUUGUGCCGGAGUGUGUGGCAUCAAUGCCGUAUGCCGCGUGGUUAACCAUGCCCCAGUUUGCAUCUGUGCCGAGGGAUACAGUGGAGAUGCAGCCAUUGCCUGUAACCCCUUCUACCUGCCACCUCCAGUGCGACCAAAUCCAUGUGAACCAUCGCCCUGUGGACCGAAUUCGCGUUGCAAGACCACCCCAGAUGGCUAUGCAGCCUGUUCCUGCCUGCCGAACUUCAAGGGAGCCCCACCAGUCUGCCAGCCUGAGUGCGUGGUCAGCUCGGAGUGUGCUCCUAACCAGGCCUGUCUGAAUCAGAGGUGCGCCGAUCCCUGCCCGGGUAUCUGUGGAGGUGGAGCCCGCUGCGAAGUGCUCAACCACAACCCGAUCUGUUCCUGUGAGCAAAACUUCGAGGGUGAUCCAUUCGUGGCCUGCUCACCUAUUCAGGAUCCAGGUCGCGACAUCGCUGUGCCAAAGAACCCAUGCGUGCCAUCCCCUUGCGGACCCAACUCCAUAUGCCAGAUCAAACAAAACCGACCUGUCUGUUCGUGCGUGGCCAACUACAUUGGCAGUCCGCCGUUUUGCCGGCCGGAGUGCACGCUGAGCAGCGAGUGUCCGACGGACAAGGCCUGCAUCCAGGAGAAGUGCCAGAAUCCGUGUGCCAACAUAUGUGGACACAAUGCCCGUUGUACGGUCAUCGCCCACUCAGCCCACUGCAGCUGCGACGAGGACUACGAGGGAGAUGCCUUCAUUGGCUGCUCCAAGAAAAUUACAGACAGAGACCACAUCGAUCCGUGCUACCCCAAUCCAUGUGCUGAGAAUGCUGUGUGCACGCCUCACAAUAACGCCGCUCGCUGUAGCUGCAUUGAGCCCUACAAUGGCGAUCCCUACAGCACCGGAUGUCGUCCGGAAUGUAUCUACAGCGCGGAGUGUCCUUCAUCGCUGGCCUGCAUCAAGCAGCACUGUCGCGAUCCCUGCACUGCUGCCUGUGGACCAAACGUCGAGUGCGCGGUGGUUAACCACUUGCCCUCUUGCAGUUGUAGCCGAGGAUUUGAGGGUAAUCCCUUCGAAGGAUGCAAGCGCGUGCCGAUUGUGAGACCCGUGAGCGUGUGUGAGCCAAAUCCAUGUGGACCCAAUAGCAUCUGUCGAACCGUCGAGGGACAUCCCACGUGCAGUUGCCAGGUUGGAUACUUUGGAGCUCCGCCUCAGUGCAGACCCGAAUGUGUGGUCAGCUCGGAGUGUGCCCAGAAUCAGGCUUGCAUCAACCAAAAGUGUACGGAUCCAUGUGCCGAGACCUGCGGAUUCAAUGCCAAAUGUCAAGUGAGCAACCACAACCCCAUCUGCUCCUGUCCAGCCAAUUAUGUUGGCGAUCCGUUUGAGCAAUGUGUUCCAAAACCAGCACCAGAACCGACACGCAAUGUGGAUCCCUGUCUGCCCAGCCCAUGUGGCUCCAACUCCAUUUGUCGCAAUGUGAACAGCAGAGCGGAGUGCUCUUGUGCCCCUGGAAUGUUCGGGGCCCCGCCCAACUGCCGACCGGAAUGUGUGAUUAACCAGGAUUGUCCUUCGAAUCGGGCGUGCAUACGUCAGCGAUGCGAGGAUCCUUGCAUCGGCAUAUGCGGCUUUAAUGCCGUCUGCUCCACUCAGCACCACCAACCCAAGUGCAGUUGCAUUGAGAGCUUCGAAGGUGAUCCGUACACCGCCUGCAGAAUGCGUAAGAUCGUGGUGCCAGAUCCACCAUCCGACCCAUGCUACCCAUCGCCAUGUGGUGCCAAUGCCAUUUGUCGCGUGCGCAAUGGAGCCGGCUCCUGCUCGUGCAUCCAGAACUACUUCGGUGAUCCGUACAUCAACUGCCGCCCGGAGUGCGUGCAGAAUAGCGAUUGUCCCGGCAGCCGGGCCUGUAUUAACAUGAAGUGCCGCGAUCCUUGUGCCAAUGCCUGUGGAUUCAAUGCCAUCUGUCGGGUUGCCCACCAUCAGCCCGUGUGCAGUUGUGAGCCCGGUUUUACCGGCAAUCCACUCCGCGCUUGCGUCGAAAGGCCCUCAAAUAUGUACCUGCCCCUGCCCAAAGACCCUUGUAGACCCUCGCCUUGUGGCCUCUUCAGUACUUGUCAUGUGGUUGGGGACCGACCCGUGUGUGCCUGCCUGCCAGACUACAUGGGCGCUCCACCCAACUGCAAGCCAGAGUGCAUGACCAGUGCCGAGUGUCCUUCAGAUAGGGCCUGCAUAAACCAACGUUGCAAAGAUCCCUGCCCCGGAACAUGUGGCUUCAACGCCCGUUGUCGCUGCACCAAUCACUCGCCAAUCUGCAGUUGCUACGAUGGGUACACCGGGGAUCCGUUCCACCAGUGCGUGCCUGAAAGAAAACCACCACCAAUCCCAGCCGAUCCCAUUGUUCCGCCCAAUCCCUGUGUACCGUCACCAUGUGGACCCAACUCCCAGUGUCAAGUUUCGAGCAGUGGAGCCGUCUGCUCCUGCGUAACCAAUUAUAUAGGACGACCACCGGGUUGUCGACCAGAGUGCAGCAUCAAUUCCGAGUGUCCGGCCAGAAUGGCCUGCGUCAAUGCUCGUUGUGCCGAUCCCUGCAUCGGAUCGUGUGGAAAUAAUGCCCUCUGCCAUGUCAGUCUGCAUACACCGGUUUGUAUGUGCGAACCUGGUUUCUCCGGCGAUCCGUUCUCCGGCUGCUACAAGAUCAUAGAGACCCCCAUUGAAGUGAUCCAACCCUGUCGCCCAAGUCCGUGCGGUUUGAAUGCACUGUGCGAGGAGCGAAAUCAGGCAGCCGCCUGCAAGUGUCUGCCGGAAUACUUUGGCGAUCCGUAUGUCGAGUGCCGCCCCGAGUGUGUCAUCAAUUCGGACUGUCCCAGGUCGCGAGCCUGUGUCAACCAGAAGUGCGUGGAUCCAUGUCCGGGAAUGUGCGGACACAGCGCCCAAUGCGCCGUUUUUAACCACGCCCCCAACUGCGAGUGCGUACCUGGUUACACGGGUAACCCCAUCGUUGGUUGCCAUCUCGUACCCGAGACUCCGCGUUAUCCCGACCCCAUAGUGCCCGAAAACCCUUGUCAACCAUCGCCCUGCGGCCUCUACAGCAUUUGUCGUCCUGUUAAUGACCACGCAGUCUGCUCCUGUGUGCCCAACCAUAUCGGUUCCCCUCCCAACUGCCGGCCCGAGUGCAUGAGCAGCUCGGAGUGCGCACAGGACAAGUCGUGCAUCAACGAGCGCUGCAAGGAUCCCUGUCCAGGCACCUGCGGCAACAACGCACUCUGCCGCGUGGUCAACCACAACCCCAUCUGCUCCUGCAGUCCCGGCUUCAGCGGUGAUCCGUUCGUGCGCUGCUUCCCGCAAGAGAUAGAGCGGCCGCCCAUCACCCAUGAUCGCAUCGAUCCGUGUGUGCCCACGCCAUGUGGGCCCAACUCUCAGUGCCGGGUGUCGGCUGCCAAUGAGCAGGCUGUCUGCUCAUGCUUGGAGCAUUACGUGGGUAGGGCGCCGAACUGCCGGCCGGAGUGCACCUCGGACUCCGAGUGCCCCGGCAAUUUGGCCUGCAUCAAUCUGCGCUGCCGGGAUCCGUGUGUCGGUACCUGCGGCAUCCAGACCACUUGCCUUGUAAAUAAUCAUAGACCCAUUUGCCGCUGCAUUGAGGGCUAUGCAGGGGACCCAUUCUCAGAGUGUAGUCCGAAGAUUAAUGUCCCGCCAGAGGUGGCACAGCCCUGCAACCCGAGUCCCUGCGGCGCCAAUGCGGUUUGCAAGGAGCGCAAUGGCGUAGGUUCCUGCACCUGCUUGCCGGAGUACAAUGGAGAUCCGUACACCGAGUGCCGUCCAGAGUGCGUGCUGAAUAGUGACUGCUCGAAGAAUCGCGCCUGCCUCAACAACAAAUGCCGCGAUCCCUGCCCGGGUGUCUGUGGCGUGUCCGCCGAGUGUCAUGUGAUCAACCACGCACCCAGCUGUAGUUGCCCAUCCGGAUUCACUGGCAAUCCCUCUCAAUACUGCCGGGAGAUACCUAGAUUGACCGCACCUGUUGAACCGUGUCGUCCUUCGCCAUGCGGUCCUUACAGCCAGUGCCGCGAGGUGAAUGGACAUGCGGUCUGCUCCUGCGUUACGAACUACAUUGGCACUCCGCCCGCCUGUCGUCCGGAGUGCUCGGUUAGUUCCGAAUGUGCUCAGGACAGGGCGUGUGCCAAUCAGCGCUGUGUGGACCCAUGUCCGGGCACCUGUGGCAACGAGGCCCUCUGUAAGGUGACCAACCACAACCCGAUCUGCUCCUGCCCAGCCGGCUACAGCGGCGAUCCUUUCGUGCGCUGUGCACCGUGGCAGGAGGAACCGGAGCAGCCCAAGUCCAAUGAGAAUCCCUGCGUGCCCAGUCCCUGCGGACGCAAUUCCCAGUGCCGUGUCGUGGGUGAGACGGGUGUGUGCUCCUGCCUGCCGAAUUUCGUGGGCAGGGCUCCCAACUGUCGGCCAGAGUGCACACUCAACACCGAGUGUCCUGCCACCUUGGCAUGUGUCAAUGAGCGCUGUCAGGAUCCCUGUCCGGGAUCGUGCGGCUUCAAUGCCUACUGCAGUGUGGUGAAUCACUCGCCCGUCUGCUCUUGCGACAAUGGUUUCACUGGUGAUCCCUUCGCCGGCUGCAAUCCGCAACCUCCCACCGUACCCGAUGAACGCCUGACUCCCUGCCAACCCUCGCCGUGUGGCCCGAAUGCCGAGUGCCGUGAGCGCAACGGAGCCGGCUCCUGUACGUGUUUGCCGGAGUACUUCGGUGAUCCGUACAGUGGCUGUCGUCCGGAGUGCGUGGUGAACAGUGAUUGUUCGCGCGACAAGUCGUGUGUCAACCAGAAAUGCGUGGACCCAUGUCCAGGUGUUUGUGGCUUGAAUGCCCAGUGUCGCGUUACCAAUCAUCUGCCCAGCUGCUCUUGUCUGGCCGGUUACACUGGAAAUCCGUCGAGCGCGUGCCGUGAAAUUCCCCAGUUGCCUCCACCACCCGAACGGGAUGAGAACCCCUGUAGACCCUCGCCCUGCGGCGCCUACAGCCAAUGUCGCGAGGUCAACGGUCAUGCCGUGUGCUCCUGCCUACAGGGCUUCGUUGGCUCAGCACCCAACUGCCGACCCGAGUGCAUCAUUAGCUCGGAUUGCGCCCAAGAUCUCAACUGUCAGAAUCAAAAGUGUGUGGACCCGUGUCCGGGCACUUGCGGCAUUGAGGCCCGCUGCCAGGUCAUUAACCACUAUCCCGCAUGCUCCUGUGCCCCAGGUUUUACCGGAGAUCCCUUCAACCGAUGCACAAAGAUAUUGUUGGAGCCCACACCCGCCGAAAAGUCCGGUAAUCCCUGCAUCCCCUCACCGUGCGGACCCAACUCGAAAUGCCUCGAUGUCCGCGGUUCGCCUGCAUGCUCCUGUCUGCCCGACUAUCUGGGACGUCCGCCCAACUGCCGGCCCGAGUGCCUCAGUAGUGCCGACUGUCCGGCCAAUCUGGCCUGUGUCAACCAGCGCUGCUCGAAUCCAUGCAUCGGCGCCUGUGGCCUGCACUCCGUGUGCACGGUCAUCAAGCACCGACCGACAUGCGAGUGUGUGCCUGGUUACACCGGAGAUCCCUUCUCCGGCUGUGCGAUUGUGCAGCAAAUUGCUGUCAUUGACGAACCAAGAAAUCCCUGCAAUCCUAGCCCCUGCGGAGCCAAUGCUAUCUGUCGGGAGCGCAAUGGAGCUGGCUCCUGCGCCUGCCUGCCGGAAUACUUUGGAGAUCCGUACAGUGGCUGCCGGCCGGAAUGUGUCCAGAAUGACGAUUGCGAUCGGUCGCGUGCCUGCAUCAACAACAAGUGCCAGGAUCCAUGUCCAGGAGCCUGCGGCAUCAACGCCGAGUGUAGGGUCUUGAAUCACGGACCCAAUUGCAACUGUUUCGAAGGCUAUACCGGCGAUCCGCAUCGGUCGUGCUCGCUGAUCGAGGUGGUCACCAGACGUCCGGAUAACCCAUGUAAGCCGUCACCCUGCGGACCCUACAGCCAGUGUUUGGACACCAACAGCCAUGCGGUGUGCAGCUGCCUGGAGGGCUACAUUGGAGCUCCGCCCAGCUGCAAACCGGAGUGCGUGGUCAGUUCGGAGUGCCCCCAGAACAGGGCUUGCAUCAAUCAGAAGUGCGAGGAUCCGUGCCGCGGAUCGUGCGGUAAUAAUGCCAGGUGCCAGGUGGUGAACCACAAUCCCAUUUGUACCUGCCAAGCGGGAAUGACCGGAGAUCCCAUCUCGGGCUGUGAGCCCACUCCGACCGUGAAGGAAGUGGACGACAACCCGUGUGUGCCGUCGCCAUGUGGACCCAACUCGAAUUGCCGAGAGAUUGGCAAGCAGGCCGCUUGCUCCUGCCAGACAAGCUUCAUUGGACGUCCGCCCAAUUGCCGACCGGAAUGUACGAACAACGACGAGUGCCAGAACCAUCUGUCCUGCCAGCAGGAGAGAUGUGUCGACCCAUGUCCCGGCUCGUGUGGCAGCAACGCCAUCUGCCAGGUGGUGCAGCACAAUGCUGUGUGCUCCUGCGCCGAUGGCUAUGAGGGUGAGCCACUCUUCGGCUGCCAGCUGAUCCCGGCUGUGACGCCAACUGAGUCACCUGGCUCUCCCUGCGAACCAUCACCCUGCGGCCCACAUGCCGAGUGUCGGGAGAGGAACGGAGCUGGCGCUUGUUACUGCCACGACGGGUUCGAGGGUAAUCCGUAUGAUGCCCAGCGAGGAUGCCGUCGAGAGUGCGAGAAUAACGACGAAUGCUCCGCUGUACAAGCCUGCUCUCGAUUCAAGUGCGUUGAUCCGUGCAACAACAUCUGCGGAGACUAUGCCAUUUGCACAGUGGACAAACACGUGCCCACUUGCGACUGCCCGCCGGGAUACACCGGGGAUCCGUUCUUCAGCUGCAAGCCAGUGCCGGUUACCCCGCGACCUCCUCUGAACCCAUGUAAUCCGUCCCCCUGCGGACCCAACAGCAACUGCCGUGCUAUGAACAACCAGGCUGUGUGCUCCUGCCAGGCAGGAUUCAUUAACCAGCCGCCCAACUGCAAACCCGAGUGCGUGGUCAGCGCCGAGUGUGCUCCGGAAAGAGCCUGUGUGAACAAGAAGUGCGUGGAUCCAUGUCUGCACACCUGCGGCAUCAGAGCCAUCUGCACCACCAAGAACCAUAGCCCGAUUUGCACAUGUCCACGUACUAUGACCGGAGAUCCGUUUGUCGAGUGCACUAAAGUUGCAAUCACCCAUGACAGUACCACACCUUCGCCGCCACCCGCAUCAUGUGUGCCAUCUCCUUGCGGACCAAACGCCAAGUGCCAGAUUGUGGGCAACAGUCCUGCCUGCUCCUGCUUGCCAAACUUCAUCGGAGCACCGCCCCGGUGUCGCCCGGAGUGCGUGUUGAACUCUGAAUGCGGACCCACGGAGGCGUGCAUCAACCAGAAGUGCGCCGAUCCCUGCUCCGGAUCUUGUGGAUUCGAGGCCAAGUGCCAUGUGCUCAACCACCUGCCCAUCUGCAACUGCAUCGAGGGCUUCGAGGGAGAUCCGUUCGUGCGCUGCACCAAAAAGGAAGAAGUCAAAACGCCUACCGUGAACGAUCCAUGCAACCCGAACCCGUGCGGUCAAAACGCAGACUGCUUUGCCGGAGAGUGUCGCUGCCAGAACAAUUACCAAGGAAAUGCCUACGAGGGCUGUCGUCCGGAGUGCACACUUUCGGCGGAUUGUCCCAGGGACAAGGCCUGUAUGCGCAACCGCUGUGUGGAUCCCUGCCCGGGCAUCUGCGGCAACAAUGCCAUGUGCGAGGUGAUGAACCACAUUCCGGUGUGCUCAUGCUUCCAGGGUUACGAGGGAGAUCCGUUCGUGAACUGUCGCGUGAAACCAGUCGUGGAGGACCCUAUUGUUGAGGCCUGCUCCCCAUCGCCGUGUGGUUCCAAUAGCCAGUGCCGUGAUGUCAACGGCCAUGCAGUGUGCUCUUGCCUGGAGGGUUAUAUCGGAGCUCCGCCUCAGUGUCGUCCCGAGUGCGUGGUGUCCAGCGAGUGCUCCGCUUUGCAGGCUUGUGUCAACAAGAAGUGCGUGGAUCCCUGCGCCGCUGCCUGCGGAUUGGAGGCCCGCUGCGAAGUCAUCAACCAUAGCCCGAUUUGUGGUUGUCCACCUGGCCGAACUGGUGAUCCGUUCAAGCAGUGCGUGGUCCUGCCACCGAUUCCUGUACCGGAUGUCAAAACUCCCCAAGAUCCUUGCCUGCCCUCGCCCUGUGGACCCAAUUCCAUCUGCAAGCCCGAUAGGAAUGGUCCUGUCUGCCAGUGCCAACCCGAGUUCUUUGGCUCGCCACCCAACUGUCGUCCGGAGUGCAUCAUCAAUCCGGACUGUCAAUCGACACAGGCGUGCAUCAACAACAAGUGCAGCAAUCCUUGCCCAGAAUCCUGCGGAACCAACGCCGAGUGUCGUGUCAUCGGACACGCUGUUUCCUGCUCCUGCCCAACUGGAUAUGCUGGCAACGCCUUCGUUCAAUGCGUGCCUCAGCAGGAGGAACCACCUAAGCCUUGCCAGCCAUCGCCAUGUGGAGCCAAUGCCGAGUGCAUCGAGCGGAAUGGAGCCGCUGCCUGCAAGUGUAUUGAUGAGUACCAGGGCAAUCCCUACGAGGGCUGUCGCCCCGAGUGCGUAUUGAGCUCGGAUUGUCCCACGGACAAGGCGUGCAUCCGAAACAAGUGCCAGGAUCCUUGUCCCGGAAUCUGUGGAUUGAACGCCCAGUGCUAUGCCGUUAACCAUGUGCCCAACUGUGCCUGCAACGAUGGCUUUACUGGGGAUCCGUUCGGCAGUUGUCGCCGGGUGGAAGUCUCAAAGCCACCACCAGUUGGAGAUCCCUGCAUUCCGUCCCCCUGCGGAGCCAAUAGCAAAUGCAGGGUGGCCAAUGGCUUGGCCGUGUGCUCUUGCCUGGAUACCUUCAUUGGAGCUCCGCCCAAUUGCAAACCAGAGUGCACGGUCAAUGCCGAGUGUCCCUCGACCAAGGCGUGUCAUAAGUUCCGCUGUGCCAAUCCCUGCGCCAAGACGUGUGGCCUGAAUGCCAAGUGCGAGGUGAUAAACCACAACCCGAUCUGCAGUUGUCCAUUGGACAUGACGGGCGAUCCGUUCGCCCGUUGCUAUCCAGCUCCCCCGCCGCCGCCUCCAGGACCCAGGGAUGAGCCAGUGAAGCGACCAUGCCAACCCUCGCCGUGUGGAUUAAACUCAGAGUGUAGGGUGCGCGACGAGCAGGCCUCCUGCUCCUGCCUGCCCAACUUUAUUGGAGCACCGCCCAACUGUCGUCCCGAGUGCGUUGUUAACACAGAUUGCUCGUCGGACAGAGCUUGCAUUGCCGAAAAGUGCCGCGAUCCGUGUGAUGGAUCCUGCGGAGUGGACUCCGAUUGUCGGGUUCAGAACCACCUGGCCAUCUGUACUUGUCGCGGAGGAUUCACCGGUGAUCCGUUUGUCCGUUGCAUCGAGUUCAUCGAAGAGACCACAAAGUCACCACCACUCACCCAGGAUCCGUGCGAUCUGCAGCCAUGUGGAUCGAAUGCCGAGUGCAGGAAUGGCAUCUGUAGCUGUCUGCCGGAAUACCAGGGAGAUCCCUACACCGGCUGUCGCCCAGAAUGUACCUUGAGCACCGACUGUCCACCUACCAAGGCUUGCCUGAACAAGAAGUGCGUGGAUCCCUGCCCAGGAGUUUGUGGCCAGAACUCGCAGUGCGAUGUUUCGAACCAUAUACCGAUAUGCAGUUGCCUGCAGGGCUACACGGGUGAUCCGUUCGUGCAUUGUCGCCACGAGACGCCAGUUGCGAAGGAUCCAUGUCAACCAAAUCCCUGCGGACCCAACAGCUUGUGCCACAUUUCCGGCCAAGGACCAGUGUGUGCCUGCCAACCGGGCAUGCUGGGCUCACCACCCGCCUGCAAACCGGAAUGCAUCGUCAGCUCAGAGUGCUCGCUGCACAUGGCCUGUGUGAACAGGAAGUGCGUGGAUCCCUGCCCCGGAGCCUGUGGACAAUUUGCCCGUUGCCAGGUGAUCAACCACAACCCGUCGUGCUCUUGCAAUACGGGCUACACCGGCGAUCCGUUCACUCGAUGCUACCAGGAGGAGCGGAAACCACCACCGACGCCAGAGAACCCAUGUCAGCCAUCUCCUUGUGGACCCAAUUCCGAGUGCAAGGUGCUGAAUGGAAACGCAGCCUGCUCGUGUGCGGCCACUUUUAUUGGAACGCCACCCAGCUGCCGACCCGAAUGCUCCAUCAAUCCGGAAUGUCCGCCGACCAAGGCCUGCAUACGUCAAAAGUGCUCCAAUCCUUGCGAGAAUGCCUGUGGAUUUAAUGCCCGCUGUAAUGUGGCCAAUCAUCAACCCAUCUGCACCUGCGAUGUGGGCUAUACUGGAGAUCCUUUCACCGGCUGUCAAAAGGAGCAAGAACGCAUUGUCAAUGAGCAGGUGACCCCCUGCGAACCCAAUCCCUGCGGCUCAAAUGCAGUUUGUCGCGAAAGAAAUGGCAUCGGUUCCUGCCAGUGCCUGCCCGAUCAUUUUGGUGACCCCUACCAGUCGUGUCGUCCGGAGUGCGUUCGUCACUCGGACUGCGCCUCCAACAAGGCGUGCCAGCAGCAGAAGUGUCGCGAUCCCUGUCCAGGCACUUGUGGCAGCAAUGCGGACUGCAGUGUAACGAACCAUCUACCAACCUGUACUUGUCGCAUAGGAUACACGGGCGACCCGUACCGCUACUGUCAUGUGGAACCACCACAACUCCCUGCUCGUGUGACCGAACCCACGCAGCCCUGUCGCCCCUCACCGUGUGGUCCCAACUCCCAGUGUCGCGAACUCAACGGCCAGGCGGUGUGCUCCUGCCUGGAGCUCCACGUCGGUCUGCCCCCCAACUGCCGACCCGAGUGUGUCCUCAGUACCGAAUGUCCCACCGAUAAGGCUUGCAUCAGCCAACGUUGUCAGGAUCCUUGUCCAGGCACUUGUGGCAUUAAUGCCGAGUGCCGGGUGCGUAAUCACAGUCCUCUGUGUCAGUGUCGUCAAGGUUUCACCGGUGAUUCCUUUACCCGUUGUUAUGCCCUGCCACCCCCACCGCCUGAAAUCCAACGUAUUGAACGUGACCCCUGCCUGCCAUCGCCCUGCGGUUUGAAUAGUCAGUGCCGUAAUGUGCAGGGUGUGCCAUCCUGUUCCUGCCUGCCAGAUUUCUUGGGGGUACCGCCCAACUGUCGACCCGAGUGCACUAUCAGUGCAGAAUGUCCUUCCAAUCUGGCUUGCAUACGCGAGAAGUGUAUCGAUCCCUGCCCCGGUUCUUGUGGCUAUGCCGCCGAGUGUAAUGUGGUUAACCACACGCCCAUUUGUGUGUGUCCCCCUGGUUUUACGGGUGAUCCCUUUAGUAGCUGUCGUCUUGCGCCGCCACCUGAGCCUACUCAAAACGAAUAUGUGGAUCCCUGCAACCCAUCGCCUUGUGGCCCCAAUGCGCAGUGCAACACUGGAGUGUGCACUUGUUUGGCCGAAUUCCAUGGGGAUCCCUACACCGGCUGCAGGCCCGAGUGCGUCUUGAGUUCCGAUUGCCCCAGAGACAAGGCUUGCCAUCGCAGCAAGUGUGUGAACCCCUGUCCGGGAACUUGUGGCGAAAAUGCCAUUUGCGAUGUCAUUAAUCACAUACCCAUGUGCAGAUGCCCCGAACGCACUGCUGGCAGCGCCUUUAUUCGGUGCACCCCUGUGCUGAUUUCAGUAACUAAUCCCUGCCGACCCUCGCCGUGUGGUCCCAAUUCUCAGUGCCGCGAGGUUAAUCAGCAAGCAGUGUGCUCGUGCCUGUCAGGCUUCAUUGGAGCUCCGCCAUCCUGCCGACCCGAGUGCACCUCAAACUCCGAGUGUGCACCCACCCAAGCCUGCCUCAAUCAACGGUGCGGAGACCCCUGUCCCGGAACAUGUGGAGUGGGCGCCAAUUGUGCUGUUGUCAGUCAUAGUCCCUUCUGUACAUGUCCUGAGAGGUUUACGGGAAAUCCAUUUGUUCGUUGCCAGCCUCAAAUUGACCCACCUGUUCGUGAUGUUGCGCCCGUUGAUCCCUGCCGCCCAUCUCCUUGUGGACCUUAUUCCCAGUGUCGGCCAGUUGGCGAGGCCCCUGCCUGCUCGUGUCUGGAAACCUACAUUGGACGUCCGCCGAACUGUCGGCCAGAAUGUGUGACCAGCUCGGACUGCACCAGUCAAAUGGCCUGUGUCAACCAAAAGUGCGUUGAUCCAUGCCCAGGACGCUGUGGCCUCAAUGCCGAGUGCCAUGUGGUCAGCCAUGCUGUGCAGUGUGUCUGCCAGCAGGGCUUCAACGGAGAUCCAUUCGUGCAGUGCAGACCGGAGAUCGCAUAUGAAAAUGAAAUCCGAACACCGUGUAGUCCUAGUCCUUGUGGAUCGAACGCCGUGUGCCGCGAUCGCAAUGGAGUUGGAUCCUGCCAGUGCCUGCCGCAGUACUUUGGAGAUCCUUACGAGGGUUGUCGCCCGGAGUGCAUGAUUGACUCGGAUUGUCCGUCGAACAAGGCUUGUCAGCAACUGAGAUGCCAGGAUCCCUGCCCAGGAACUUGUGGACUGAAUGCAAACUGUCAAGUGGUUAACCAUUUGCCAACUUGUAACUGUCUAACCGGAUAUGUGGGAGACCCAUACCGCCAAUGUAAUCGACUGCCAGAACCACCUCAAAACGAGUACGUGAAUCCCUGUCAGCCCACACCCUGCGGUACCAACUCCCAAUGUCGCGUUUCAAAUGAGCAAGCUGUUUGCUCAUGUCUACCACAAUUUGUGGGAACUCCACCAUCAUGCCGCCCCGAGUGCACCAUCUCCUCGGAGUGCUCUGUGGAUAGGGCAUGUGUUAAUCAGAAGUGCGUGGAUCCUUGUGCAGUGGACACAUGCGGUAGCAAUGCCAUAUGUAGGGUGCGCAAUCACAGCCCCAUUUGCAGUUGCAUCAGCGGCUUCACAGGCGAUGCCUUUACUCGUUGUUUCCCCAUUCCACCGCCGAUUGUUGAGACUAAGGAUGAACCCCUGAGAGAUCCCUGUAUACUAACACCUUGUGGUCCUAACUCUGAAUGCCGAAACAUCAAUGGAGUGCCGGCUUGUUCGUGCUUGGCGAACUUUAUCGGCCAGGCUCCAAACUGUCGCCCUGAGUGCACGAUUAACUCGGAAUGUCCCAGUCAGCAGGCGUGCAUCAACCAAAAAUGUCGCGAUCCGUGUCCAGGAGCCUGCGGUCAGAAUGCUGUUUGCAGAGUCACCAACCACACACCACUUUGCGCCUGCAUCGAUGGUUAUAUAGGCAAUCCAUUCACCAGCUGUAAUCCCAAGCCACCAGAACCGCCAGCGCCACCAAUUGCCGACGAUCCUUGCAACCCAUCGCCUUGCGGAGCUAAUGCUCUCUGUCGAAAUGGCCAAUGUUCGUGUAUACCCGAAUACCAGGGAGAUCCGUAUGUCUCUUGCCGUCCGGAGUGCGUGCUGAACACAGAUUGUCCAAGAGAUCGGGCCUGUGUGCGCAACAAAUGCAUCGAUCCAUGCCCUGGAACUUGCGGGGUUAACGCCUUGUGCGAGGUCACCAACCAUAUUCCCAUUUGCCGCUGCCCAGAGCAGAUGUCUGGCAAUGCUUUCUUCGAGUGUCGACCAGUGCCUCCCGCCAAAAUUCAAAAUCCCUGCCAGCCAACCCCAUGUGGUCCGAAUAGUCAGUGCCGGGUGGUGCAGCAAACCGCGGUCUGCUCCUGCCUGACUGACUAUGUGGGCAGUCCGCCGCAAUGUAGACCGGAAUGUGUGACCAACUCAGAUUGUCCUGCCGAUCAAGAUUGCCAGAAUAUGAAAUGUCGCGAUCCCUGUCCUGGUACCUGCGGCUUCAAUGCCCUCUGCAACGUUGUCAACCACCGACCCUUCUGCAGCUGCCCCUCAAGCAUGUCCGGAAAUCCCUUUGUGAGCUGCCAGCAGCUAAGUAAGCCACCAUGGUUGUUUAAUGCUUUUCCCAUGCUUAAGCCUGAAGUUUUUUCAGUAAUACGCGAUGAGAGACCACAAAAUCCCUGCCAGCCAUCGCCUUGUGGCCCCAACUCCGAAUGUCGCGUGUCAGGAGACUCACCAUCAUGUUCUUGCCUACCCGAAUUUCAGGGUGCACCACCAAAUUGCCGACCCGAGUGCAUAUCCAACUCUGAGUGUCCCACCAACCGUGCGUGUAUCAACCAGAAAUGCGUGGAUCCCUGUCCAGGACUUUGCGGUCUUAAUGCCAAUUGUCGAGUAUUCAGUCAUAGUGCCAUGUGCUUGUGUGACAGUGGCUUCACCGGAGAUCCGUUUAGUCAAUGCAGUCCAUUUAGGGACACUCCUCCUGAAAUUCUGCAACCAUGCAACCCUAGUCCCUGCGGUGUAAACGCUAAGUGCGAGGAGCGUGGUGGUGCAGGAUCAUGCCAGUGCUUACCUGACUACUUCGGAAAUCCCUAUGAUGGAUGUCGACCCGAGUGCGUUCUGAACUCUGACUGUCCCUCAAAUCUGGCGUGUGUAAACCAGAAAUGUCGCGAUCCCUGUCCCGGCACCUGUGGCCAAAGCGCCGAGUGCCAGGUGGUUAACCACUUGGCCACCUGUAAUUGCCUGGUCGGUUACACCGGAGACCCGUACAGCUUGUGUCGCAUUAUAGUCAAUGAGCCACCCGAACGCGUUUAUGUUAAUCCGUGCCAGCCAUCUCCAUGCGGUCCAAACUCGCAGUGCCGUGAAGUCAACGAGCAAGCCGUUUGUUCUUGCUUGCCAGAGUUUAUUGGUACUCCGCCAGCAUGUCGUCCGGAAUGCACCAGCAGUUCGGAGUGCGUCGCUGACAAGGCUUGCAUGAACCGCAAAUGUGUGGAUCCCUGUCCAAAUGUUUGUGGACAGCAGGCCGAGUGUCGCGUGCGUAACCACAAUCCGAUUUGUACCUGCCUCAGUGGAUUUACGGGUGAUCCAUUCACUCGUUGUUAUCGUCAGCCGCCACCUCCGCCAGUGGACAUUCAACGUGAACCCCUUGAUCCUUGUGUUCCUUCACCAUGCGGCGCAAAUUCUCAGUGUCGCGAAAUCCACGGCACACCAUCCUGCUCUUGUCUGCCCCAGUACUUAGGAACUCCACCCAAUUGUCGUCCGGAAUGUUCCAUUAAUGCCGAAUGUCUCAGUCAUCAGGCCUGCAUUAACCAGAAGUGUCGCGAUCCUUGUCCCGGCUCUUGUGGUCUCAACACUCAGUGCAAUGUGAUUAACCACACGCCCAUUUGCAGUUGUCUGGUGGGUUACAUCGGUGACCCAUUCAGCGUUUGCAAUCCCCAGCCAAUACCAGAGAAAAUUCAAGACCCAUUGCCCCCCGAGGAUCCGUGCAACCCAUCACCUUGUGGCUCUAACACUCAAUGCAACAAUGGGGUAUGCUCUUGUCUGCCAGAAUACCAUGGCGAUCCGUAUACCGGUUGUCGUCCUGAGUGCGUCCUUCACACCGACUGUGAUCGUAGUAGGGCUUGUGUACGCCACAAGUGCGUUGAUCCUUGUCCCGGUGUCUGUGGCACCAACGCGAUAUGUGAGGUUUUGAACCACAUUCCAAACUGCCGCUGUUUGGAGAGAAUGCAGGGCAAUGCCUUCAUUCAAUGCAGUCCAAUUCCACAGUUCGACGUGGUGCAGAAUCCUUGCCAACCAACGCCAUGUGGACCCAACUCUCAGUGUCGCGUUGUUAACCAGCAGGCCAUCUGCUCCUGCAUCUCGCCUUUCAUAGGAAGCCCGCCGUUCUGCCGACCGGAAUGCACCACCAAUUCGGAUUGUCCCUUGAACCUGGCGUGCCGUAACCAGAAGUGCAGUGAUCCCUGUCCUGGAGUUUGUGGUCGGGGUGCCCAGUGUCAUGUGACUAAUCACAGUCCAUUCUGCCGCUGCUUGGAACGCUACACGGGUAAUCCGUUCGUGAGUUGUCAACAAAUCAUUGAACCCCCGGUGCCACCACCAAGGCAAACUUGCCUGCCAUCACCCUGCGGACCGUACUCCCAGUGCCGUGAAGUAAACGAGUCACCUUCAUGCACCUGUCUGGCAGACUACAUUGGAGUACCACCCAAUUGUCGACCGGAGUGCGUGACCAGUUCAGAGUGUCCCUCGAAUCAGGCCUGCAUUCAGCAGAAGUGUCGCGAUCCCUGUCCAGGACUAUGUGGACAAUUAGCGGAAUGUCGAGUAAUCUCGCACACGCCAAGCUGUGUAUGUCCGGAAGGAAUGGAAGGUGAUCCGUUUACUCUCUGCACGGAGAAGAGGAUUCAGGAACGGGACCAGUUGGACCCUUGCAGUCCCAGUCCUUGUGGAAUCAAUGCCCGCUGUACCUCUCGCCAGGAUGCCGGCUCUUGUCAAUGCUUGCCAGAUUACUUUGGCAAUCCCUACGAGGGAUGUCGCCCUGAGUGCGUCCUCAAUUCGGACUGUCCAUCGAACAAAGCUUGUCAGCAACAGAAGUGUCAGGAUCCGUGUCCAGGAACUUGUGGUCAGAAUGCGCUGUGCAAUGUUCUCAAUCAUGUUCCCAGUUGUAGUUGCAUAACAGGCUAUUCGGGUGAUCCGUAUAGAUCGUGUGUCCCAGAACGUAAGGCUAUUAAUCAGAGUCCAUCGAAUUUUGUAAACUUUCAUGAGUUAUCUACCCUUGUAGCCGUCAAGGAAUACGUCAAUCCCUGCCUGCCAUCGCCUUGUGGUCCCAAUUCCCAGUGUCGUGAGGUCAACGAACAGGCCAUAUGCUCGUGUUUGUCAGAAUAUGUUGGCGCUCCGCCGGUGUGCCGACCCGAAUGUACGAUUUCUUCAGAGUGCCCGACUGACAAGGCCUGUGUGAAUCAGAAAUGUAUAGAUCCCUGUCCCAACACUUGUGGGGAACAAGCCAUCUGUCGUGUCGUGAACCACAGUCCCAUUUGUUCCUGUCGCGCCGGUUACACAGGCGAUGCCUUUUUCCGCUGCUUCCCCAAGCCUCCGGUACCACCUACACCUAUUCAAAAGACUCCAGUUGACCCUUGUGUGCCCUCACCCUGCGGUCCCUACUCCCAGUGCCGGUCCCAAGGAGAUGCUCCUGCCUGUUCCUGUUUGAUUGGAUAUUUGGGAGCGCCUCCCAAUUGCCGACCUGAAUGCCGCAUCAACGCCGAGUGUCCCAGUAGUCAGGCGUGCAUCAAUGAGAAGUGUAGGGAUCCCUGCCCCGGCUCCUGUGGCUACGGUGCCAUUUGUAAUGUAAUCAAUCACACGCCCAGCUGCAUUUGCCCGGCAGGCUACUCUGGUGACCCAUUCAGUCAGUGCCAGCCCCUGCCACCACCGCCACCAACACCCGCUAAGCUUGACGAUCCAUGCAACCCAUCGCCUUGCGGGCCGAACGCUCAGUGCAAUAAUGGAGUCUGCACCUGCAUUCCCGAAUACCACGGCGAUCCGUACAGCGGAUGCCGACCAGAGUGCAUUACCAGUGCAGAUUGUUCGCGAGAACUCGCCUGCUCGCGUCACAAGUGUUUCGACCCUUGCCCGGGAACCUGUGCCCCCAACGCCAUUUGUACUGUGCUCAAUCACGUGCCCAUGUGCACUUGUCCGGAGGGUUAUAACGGCAAUGCGUUUGUUCAGUGUCAGCCCACACCACCCCCUGUCCUCGUCCAGCCUUGCCAGCCCUCUCCAUGCGGUCCGAACUCACAAUGCCGCGAAGUCAACCAGCAGGCUGUAUGCUCCUGUGUGUCAGGUUAUUUUGGAACCCCACCGCUUUGUCGUCCAGAAUGUACAUCAAACUCGGAAUGUUUGUCGCAACAGGCGUGUGUUAACCAAAAGUGUAUGGAUCCGUGUCCCGGUUCGUGUGGUCGCAAUGCGCAGUGCAGUGUGGUGAACCACAAUCCCUUCUGUACCUGUCUGCCUCGCUUUACUGGCAAUCCUUUCGUGGGUUGUCAACAGAUUAUCGAACCGCCACGCCAAGAUAUUGUACCUCAGGAUCCCUGCCGUCCAUCGCCUUGUGGUCCCAACUCCGAAUGUCGCGCUGUUGGUGAGACACCAACUUGUACGUGUCUUGCUGAUUUCGUGGGCUCUCCGCCAUAUUGCAAACCCGAAUGUGUGGCGAACUCUGAGUGUCUUUCGAACCUGGCUUGUAUCAAUCAAAAGUGUCGCGAUCCCUGUCCUGGAUUGUGCGGUUUUAGUGCCUCAUGUCGCGUCGUCUCCCACACUGCAAUCUGCAUUUGCGAUGCGGGCUUGACCGGAGAUCCUUUUACCCAGUGUCAGCCCAUUGUGGCCGAUGUGGAGAUCAUCAAUCCCUGCCAGCCCUCGCCUUGCGGCGCCAAUGCUGAGUGCAUCCAACGGAAUGGAGCCGGAGCCUGUCAGUGUCUCGCAGAAUAUUUCGGAAACCCCUAUGAGGGCUGUCGGCCGGAGUGUGUUUUGAACUCGGACUGCCCCUCGAAUAGAGCUUGUCAGCAGCAGAAGUGCCGUGAUCCCUGCCCCGGAAGCUGUGGACAGAACGCCGAGUGCAAUGUGGUUAACCACACACCCAUGUGCAACUGCUUCGCUGGAUUUGUAGGCGAUCCAUACCGCUAUUGUAGCCAACCGCCAGAACCUGUUGUCCAUGAGUAUGUGAACCCCUGUCAACCGUCACCUUGUGGCCCGAAUUCUAAUUGUCGCGAGGUCAACGAGCAGGCCGUGUGCUCCUGCCGUCAAGAAUUUGAAGGAGCUCCCCCCAACUGCCGACCCCAGUGCACCUCGAGCUCUGAAUGCGCCCCCACCAAGGCAUGUAUCAACCAAAAGUGCGUUGAUCCCUGCCCUGGUGUUUGUGGCCAGCAGGCAAUCUGUGAGGUGCGCAACCAUAGUCCAAUCUGUAGGUGUCCCACCGGCAUGUCCGGUGACCCCUUCGUGCGUUGCUUGCCCCGACCAACAAUCCCACCACCGCCCUUGAGGGAUGUAGUCCCUUACCGAGAUCCCUGUCUUCCUUCACCCUGUGGCCUGUACUCGUCGUGCAGGAAUCAACAGGAUCAGGCCGUUUGUUCUUGCUUGCCCAAUUACUUUGGCACUCCGCCGCAUUGUCGUCCCGAGUGCACCAUCAAUGCCGAGUGUCCAAGUCACUUGGCCUGCAUCGGCGAGCGCUGCCGCGAUCCCUGUCCCGGUGCCUGUGGUCAGCAGACCGAGUGCCGAGUCAUCAGUCACGUUCCCAGUUGUGUUUGCCUGCGGGGCUAUGUGGGCGAUGCUUUCCUGGCCUGCCAUCCAGCACCACCCCCACCAGCCCGUGAAGAACCCCGCGAUCCGUGCAAUCCUAGUCCCUGCGGCAGCAAUGCCAUUUGCUCAAAUCAGGGAGGGUGUUCAUGUCUGGCCGAUUAUCAAGGCGAUCCCUACGUGGCCUGCAGACCCGAGUGUGUGCUAAGCUCGGAGUGUCCUCGAAAUCUGGCAUGCAUACAUCAGAAAUGCACUGAUCCCUGCCCCGGAACGUGUGGCAGUAAUGCCAUCUGCGAUGUCGUUAACCACAUCGCCAUGUGCCAUUGUCCCGAGCGAAUGACCGGCAAUGCUUUUGUGCAAUGCUCCCCAGUGCAACUGGAUGUAUAUCGCAACCCUUGUAAUCCCUCGCCAUGCGGCUCCAAUGCCGAGUGUCGAGAGCAGAACGGUCAAGCGGUGUGCAGCUGUCUGCCCAACUAUUUUGGUGUGCCUCCCUCUUGUCGACCCGAAUGUAGCACCAACUACGAUUGUUCCCCCAGUUUGGCUUGUCAGAACCAACGGUGUGUCGACCCCUGUCCAGGAUCAUGUGGGGCCUAUGCCGACUGCCGAGUUGUUAGCCACAGUCCUUUCUGUAGUUGCAGACCCGGCUAUACUGGCAAUCCCAUCGUCCAGUGUCAUGUGAUUAGUAAGUUCAAGUGCAUAUCUAAAUUGAAAGAAGACCAUAUAGUUAAUGCCCCGCCUGUAGUUGAACCUCAACGGGAUCUUGUGCCGCAAGACCCUUGCCAGCCUUCACCCUGUGGACCGAAUAGCGAGUGUCGCCGCGUGGGCGACACACCAUCCUGCUCUUGCCUGUCAAACUUCUUUGGCACACCGCCCAACUGCCGACCCGAAUGUGUCUCCAACUCUGAGUGCAGCCAGUUGCAUGUGUGUAUUAAUAACCGCUGCAAGGAUCCGUGUCCGGGUCUCUGCGGCACUGAUGCCGUGUGUCGGGUGAUCAGUCACAGUGCCAUGUGCUACUGCCAGCCGGGCUACAGCGGCGAUCCAUUUGUCCGUUGUGCACCACAUAUUCAAAGGGAACCGAUUGAGAUUGUGCAACCCUGCAACCCGAAUCCGUGCGGCUCCUUCGCCGAGUGUCGUCAGCAGAAUGGAGUCGGUUCCUGCCAGUGUCUGCCGGAGUAUUUCGGCAAUCCCUAUGAGGGAUGUCGACCUGAGUGUGUGCUCGACUCCGAUUGCCCCUCUCAGCUGGCCUGUGUCAAUCAGAAAUGCCGAGAUCCCUGUCCCGGAAGUUGUGGCCAAAAUGCCGAAUGCUUUGUGCGUAAUCACUUGCCAACUUGUAACUGCUUCAGCGGGUAUAUGGGUGACCCCUAUCGCUAUUGCAACAUUGAACCGAAACCCAUACGGGAAUACGUCAACCCAUGUCAACCCUCUCCUUGCGGUCCCAACUCUCAGUGUCGCGAGCAGAAUGGUGUGGCCACCUGCUCCUGUUUGCCCGAGUUUGUAGGCCUUCCGCCAGGUUGCCGACCUGAGUGUACCGUCUCCUCAGAGUGUAAUCUUGACAAGGCGUGCGUUCGUCACAAGUGCAUUGAUCCUUGUCCUGGUGCUUGUGGCAGUUCUGCCAAUUGCCAGGUGGUGAACCAUGCUCCACUUUGCUCUUGUCAAGCAGGUUAUACAGGAGAUCCCUUUACCCGUUGCUACCCCAAUCCUCCUCCACCUACGCACAUCAUCCACGAUGUAGUGCGAGAUCCUUGCCAACCGUCUCCCUGUGGGGCCAAUGCCCAAUGUAGACAGUCCCAGGGUCAAGCCAUCUGCUCCUGUUUACCCAACUACUUUGGUGUUCCGCCCAAUUGUCGACCCGAGUGCACUCAGAGUUCAGAGUGUCUGUCCAGUCUGGCCUGCAUCAAUCAACGGUGCGCCGAUCCCUGUCCCGGCUCCUGUGCCUACAAUGCCAUGUGUCAUGUGCGAAAUCACGUUCCCAGUUGUCAGUGCCCCGUGGGAUAUGUAGGUGAUCCGUUCACCAAUUGCCAACCCCAACCUCAACCACCACCCAAACCCAUUGCUUUCGACGACCCCUGUAAUCCAUCUCCCUGUGGAUCAAAUGCCCUGUGCCAGAAUGGUCAAUGUUCUUGUAUAGCCGAGUACCAAGGAGACCCGUAUAUUGGCUGUCGUCCGGAGUGCGUUUUGAAUGCAGAUUGUGCGCGAAAUCGAGCUUGCGUUCGUCAUAAGUGUGUGGAUCCUUGUCCAGGAACGUGCGCUCCCAACGCCAUCUGCGAUGUGCUUAACCACAUUGCCAUGUGUCGCUGUCCGGAACAAAUGACAGGCAAUGCCUUCAUCCAGUGUGAAACUCCGCCAAAGUUGCUGACACCACCUGAUCCAUGCUAUCCCUCGCCCUGCGGUCCGAAUAGUCGCUGCCGUGUGUUUAACGACAAUGCUGUUUGCUCCUGCAUUGAGGAUUUCGUUGGAACACCACCAAAUUGUCGACCAGAGUGUACGCACAACUCGGACUGCCUACCUAGUUUGGCUUGCCAGAGGCAGCAUUGCAUGGAUCCGUGCCCCGGAACUUGUGGCUUUAAUGCUCUUUGCCAUGUGGUUAACCAUGCACCGAUUUGCAGUUGCCCACCAAGACACAAUGGAAAUCCCUUCCUGGGCUGCUUCCCAGAACCAGUGCGACGUGAUGAAAUGGUUCCAAAGAACCCAUGCCAACCCUCGCCAUGUGGUCCAUACGCCAAGUGCUCGUCUGUGGGAGACCAGGCGCAGUGCAGUUGCCUGCCCGAAUACAUUGGAACACCGCCCAACUGCCGGCCGGAGUGUGUAACCAAUUCGGAGUGCUCCUUCGACAAGGCCUGUUUGAACCAACGAUGCCGUGAUCCCUGCCCUGGAACAUGUGGCUCCAAUGCCAAUUGCCAUGUGCUAAGCCAUGCUGCCAUGUGCUACUGCCUACCAGGCUACACUGGCGACCCAUUCACGUCCUGUCGUCAGGUACCAUUGAUCCAGCAAGCCGAGAUCGUUCAACCUUGCUCUCCCAAUCCUUGUGGAGCCAAUGCUGUGUGUCGCCAGGAAGGCAAUGUCGGUUCCUGCCAAUGCCUGCCCGAAUACUACGGAAAUCCAUACGAGAUUUGUCGUCCGGAGUGUGUAACGAAUAACGACUGCCCGGCCCAUAAAUCCUGCCAGCAGAUGAAGUGUCGAGAUCCUUGCCCAGGAGUCUGUGCCCUAAAUGCUUUGUGUCGGGUGAUUAAUCACUUGCCAACUUGUCAUUGUCAGAACGGCUUUGUUGGUGACCCCUACCGCUAUUGCCAAGUUCCCGAGAAACCUGUCCUCAAAGAAUAUGUCAAUCCCUGCCAGCCAUCACCGUGUGGUCCAAACUCCCAGUGCCGAGAAAACAACGAACAGGCCACCUGCACAUGUCUGCUCGAGUAUGUGGGUGCUCCGCCCAAUUGUCGACCCGAGUGUGUGACUAGUGCAGAGUGUCCUCAUGACAAUGCGUGCAUUAGGCAAAAGUGUAGUGAUCCCUGCCCCGGUGUGUGCGGUUCCAAUGCCGAUUGUCGUGUCAUCCAGCAUGCCCCAAUUUGCAGUUGUCGCCCUGGUUUCACUGGCGAUGCCUUCACUCGCUGCUUGCCCCUGCCAACCCCAAGACCACCACAGUUGGACGUGUAUCGCAAUCCUUGUGUACCCUCGCCUUGUGGUCAGUUUGCAGAGUGUCGGGAUAACCGAGGAACUGCUACUUGCAGCUGUCUGCCUUCCUAUUUUGGCACUCCGCCCAACUGUCGCCCCGAGUGUACCAUUAACCCCGACUGCCCCGCUCAUCUAUCCUGCCAACAGCAGCGUUGUCGCGAUCCCUGUCCCGGAGCCUGUGGAUUCAAUGCCUUGUGCACGGUUAUCAAUCACAAUCCCACGUGCCAGUGUGCGCCUGGACUAAUUGGCAACGCCUUCACAUCCUGUUAUGCUCCACCACCAGUCGCUAGGGAUCCCCCCCAAAUAAGUGAUCCUUGUUCUUUGAUUACGUGUGGUGCCAAUGCAGUUUGCAAUCAAGGUCAAUGCAGUUGUUUGCCUGAAUUUGUGGGCAACCCAUUCGUGGGAUGUCGUCCAGAAUGUGUGCUGAGCACGGAAUGCGACUGGAACAAGGCAUGCGUAAGAAACAAGUGUGUCGAUCCAUGCCCUGGAACGUGCGGAUCCAAUGCCAUUUGUGAGGUGCACAGACACAUAGCUAUGUGUCAUUGUCCACCGGGAAUGACAGGAAAUGCCUUCAGCCAAUGCCGACCUCUACCACCACCUCCAACGCGCGAUGUCGUCGAUCCUUGUCAGCCCUCACCAUGCGGACCAAAUGCCCAAUGUCGCAAUAUCAACGGACAGGCUGUGUGCUCGUGUCUUCCCGACUUUGUUGGAGUCCCACCAUCCUGUCGACCAGAGUGCAUCAGUAAUGCGGAGUGUCCGCUGCACUUGGCUUGUCUCCAACAACAUUGUCGAGAUCCCUGCCCCGGAGUUUGUGGCUUGAACGCUGAAUGUCGAGUGAUUAAUCACAGCCCGAAUUGCCAUUGCAUUGGCUCUUUUACGGGAAAUCCUUUCGUGGCUUGUCACCGACAACCACCACCACCGAUUAGGCAAGACCCUAUCGAUCCUUGUCAUCCAUCUCCGUGUGGAGCUAAUGCUGAAUGCCGUGCACAGGGAAGCAAUGCUCAAUGCAGUUGCCUAGCCGACUUCAUUGGCACACCGCCCAAUUGCCGACCAGAGUGUGUGUCCAACUCAGAUUGCCCCACGAAUCUGGCUUGCCAGAAUCAGAAGUGCCGCGAUCCCUGCCCAGGUGUCUGUGGCUCCAAUGCUGAGUGUUAUGUGAUUAAUCAUACUCCCAUGUGCACGUGUCUUAGUGGACAAACUGGCAAUCCUUUUGUGGGCUGUCAAGUGGUGCGAGAUAUUCAAGAGCCGCUUACACCAUGUGUACCCAGUCCUUGUGGAGCCAACGCUCUCUGUACGGAGAGGAAUGGAGCUGGAGCCUGUCAGUGUCUUCCGGAGUUCUUCGGUAAUCCCUAUGAAGGCUGUCGACCCGAGUGUGUGCUUAACUCGGACUGCCCAAGCCAUCUGGCCUGUCUCAAUCAGCAUUGCCGCGAUCCCUGUCCCGGAACCUGUGGUCCAAAUGCCCAGUGCCAAGUGCGCGAUCACCUGCCGCAAUGCAACUGCCUUGCGGGCUACCAGGGAAAUCCCUAUGUCUACUGUAGUGUCCUGCGUGAACCCCUGCCCGAACCCAUUCCCUCACGCCCCUGUCAGCCCUCACCCUGUGGCCCGAACUCCCAGUGCCGUGAGUCGAAUAACCAAGCGAUUUGCAAGUGUCUGCCCGAUUUCAUUGGAUCCCCGCCGGCCUGUAGGCCCGAGUGUACUAUCUCCAGCGAGUGCGACUUGACCCUGGCGUGUGUCCAACAACACUGUGUCGAUCCGUGUCCAGGUGUUUGCGGCAGUAGUGCCCAGUGUCGGGUUAUUAACCACAGUCCGCACUGUAGUUGCCUGCCUGGUUACACGGGUGAUGCCAUCAGUGGUUGUCAACGCAUACCACCCGCAAUUAGCUACGAUGUUCCCAAGGAAACCUACCGCGACCCCUGUGCUCCCUCUCCCUGUGGCGCCUUUGGCCAAUGCCGUGCUCAGGGCAACCAGGCAAUUUGCUCUUGUCUGCCUGGUUACUUUGGAGCUCCUCCCAAUUGCCAGCCGGAAUGCGUGAUUAAUCCGGACUGCGCCUCUCAUUUGGCGUGUAUCAGUGAAAAGUGUCGCGAUCCGUGUCCCGGUUCUUGUGGACUUCUGGCCCAAUGCAACGUCAUUAACCACACACCCAUCUGCAGUUGUCCAUCAGGUUAUCAGGGCAAUCCCUUCGUAAGCUGUCAACGAACUCCUCCACCACCAACUCCGCCCCUUCGCGAUGCCUGUAAUCCCUCGCCUUGUGGCUCCAAUGCAAUCUGCAGUCCUGGUGGUCGGUGUUCUUGUCUGCCCGACUUCGAUGGCAAUCCCUAUGUGGGCUGUCGUCCAGAGUGCGUCCUGAACACGGACUGUGCCAGGGACAGAGCCUGCCAGCGCAGCAAGUGCACAGAUCCCUGUCCAGGAGCUUGUGGUGUUGGAGCAGUUUGCGAAGUGCGCAACCAUAUACCCACAUGUAAUUGUCCGCCUGGAACUUCGGGCAACGCUUUCGUCCAGUGUACCGUUGUGCAAUCUUUUCCCGUGGAGCCCUUAAAUCCCUGUCAACCAUCCCCGUGUGGAAACAAUGCCCAAUGCCGAGUGGCUAACGAGCAGGCCAUCUGCUCUUGCUUGCCCGGCUACUUUGGUGUCCCUCCAAAAUGUCGCCCCGAGUGCACCAUCAACUCGGACUGUGCCCCGCAUCUAGCCUGCUUAAAUCAGCAGUGCCGCGAUCCUUGUCCUGGAGCAUGUGGACAGUUUGCUCAGUGCCAGGUCAUUAGACAUGUGCCGCACUGCAGUUGUCCACAGGGAUACUCAGGCAACGCCUUCUUCCUUUGCCACCGUGUACCACCUCCACCACCAGUCCAAAGAGAACCGCUGAACCCUUGCUCACCAUCACCAUGCGGAGCCAAUGCAGAGUGUACUAGUCAGAAUGACAAGGCAAUUUGCAAGUGCCUGAAGGAUUACGUAGGAACACCACCCUACUGUCGACCGGAGUGCAUUACAUCAUCGGAGUGUCCGAAUCAACUAGCUUGCAUUGCCCAGAAAUGCAAGGAUCCUUGUCCUGGACUUUGUGGAAACGCUACCAGCUGUCAAGUUGUCAGUCACGUGCCUUCGUGCAUCUGCAUUGCGGACUACAUUGGUGACCCCUACACCGGAUGCUAUUCACGACCACAGAUUCAGCGCGAGCAGAUCAAUCCCUGCUUCCAAAACCCUUGCGGAAGCAAUGCCGUGUGCCGAGAGCGAGGUGGAGCCGCUUCAUGCCAGUGUCUACCGGAAUAUUAUGGCAAUCCCUACGAGGGAUGUCGACCCGAAUGUGUGCUCAACUCUGACUGUUCGAGCCAUUUGGCUUGCUUAAAUCAACAUUGCCGCGAUCCCUGCCCCGGAAGCUGUGCCCCCAAUGCCCAGUGUCAAGUCGUUAACCACGUGCCCAGUUGUAGUUGCUAUCCCGGAUACAGUGGUGAUCCCUAUCGCCACUGUAGUGUGGUCCAGGCGGAACCCGUCCAAGUUGUCCACUUUAAUCCCUGCCAGCCCUCGCCGUGUGGUCCCAACUCUCAGUGCACCGAGUCCCAGGGUCAGGCGGUGUGUCGCUGCCUACCCGAUUACUUUGGUUCCCCACCAGCUUGUCGUCCCGAGUGCACCAGUAAUCCCGAAUGUCCCAAUGAUAGAGCCUGCGUGGCUAGAAGGUGUACCGACCCAUGUGUGGGCGCUUGUGGCCAGAAUGCCAUUUGUCGAGCACAUCAACAUAGAGCUCAUUGCUCAUGUCAUCCUGGUUACACAGGAGAUGCCUUUAUGCGCUGUCUUCCCUUGCCUCCGCCCCAACCUGUUAGGGAUUCACCCGUAAUCUACAGAGACCCAUGUGUUCCCUCGCCCUGUGGAAAGUUUGCCCAGUGUCGGGUGGAGUACGAGCAAGCCGUGUGCUCCUGCCAGACUUCUUACUACGGCACUCCUCCUUACUGCCGACCCGAGUGCACCCAGAACUCAGAUUGUCCCAGCCAUAGGGCUUGUGUCAAUCAAAGGUGCGUGGAUCCUUGCCCUGGGGCUUGUGGUCUGAACGCCCAAUGUGAUGUGCUUAAUCAUGUGCCUACCUGCACAUGUCUCAGAGGUUUCGUGGGAGAUCCCUUUUACCGUUGUUAUCCAGCCCCAACACCUCCUGCCACCCCUGUUACUAUUGUUGCGGAUGAUCCUUGUCAGCCCUCGCCCUGCGGUCCCAAUGCCCAGUGCUCGAACGGUGUCUGCAGUUGUCUGCCCUUGUACCAGGGGGAUCCCUACGUGGGCUGUCGCCCAGAGUGCGUAUUGAGUACGGAGUGUCCAUGGAACAAGGCCUGUAUCCGCAAUCGUUGCCUGGAUCCGUGUCCAGGAACUUGCGGAUCUGGAGCCACGUGUCAGGUGCAUAAUCAUGUGGCCAUGUGUCAGUGUCCGGCUGGUUAUCAGGGCAAUCCGUUUGUACUGUGCCGGCUGACACCUCAACAGGCCCCCAUAGAGCUACAUCCCUGUCAGCCUUCGCCUUGUGGACCCCACGGACAAUGCCGGGAAGUUGGCACGCAAGCCAUUUGCACUUGUCUGCCCGGCUUUUACGGAAAUCCUCCAGCCUGUCGACCCGAAUGUGUCAGCGACCCAGAGUGUCCACCCAGUCUGGCUUGUGUGAAUCAAAAGUGCCGCGAUCCCUGUCCUGGAGCUUGUGGUUACAUGGCCCAGUGUCAUGUGAUUAACCACGGUCCGCAGUGUGUUUGCCCCGCUGGCUACACCGGAAGUCCCUACUCCCAGUGCCAGUUGAUCAGGACAGAUUACACACCAGUUCAGCGCGAACCAAUUGAUCCGUGUUCGCCGACUCCCUGUGGUCCUCAUGCCCAGUGCAGCAAUGAGGGAGGCAAUGCGGUUUGCCGCUGUCAGCCGGAUUAUUUAGGCGUACCACCCUAUUGUCGACCCGAGUGCAUUGCCAACAGUGAAUGUCCCAGUGAUAGGGCCUGUAUCAAUCGGAAGUGUCAAGAUCCAUGCCCAGGACUGUGCGGUUACAAUGCCAUCUGUCGAACAUACAACCACCAGCCAAAUUGUGUUUGUGCUCCUGGAUUAGUGGGCAAUCCCUUCAACUCCUGCCUGCCACCAACACAAAUUGAAGUUUCACCAACACCACCCACAACUGCUAUUCAGGUGCUUCAGUAUGAGGAACCGUUUAUCAAUGGUUGUGAACCCAAUCCCUGUGGAGCAAAUGCUCAAUGCAAGCAGCGAAGAGGAGUAGUCGCUUGUGUCUGCCUGCCUGACUAUUUCGGCAAUCCCUACGAAGCCUGUCGGCCGGAGUGCAUUUUGAACUCCGAUUGUCCCUCAAGUAGAGCUUGUGUGCAGCAAAAAUGUCGAGAUCCGUGUCCCGGCACCUGUGGCCUGAAUGCCGAGUGCUAUGUUCUGGAUCAUCUGCCUCAGUGCAGGUGUUUCAGCGGUUACACUGGAAAUCCGUUGGCAUACUGCGCACCUGUUCCUAUAGUCCAGAAAUCCCCAUUGACUCCAUGUGAUCCCUCACCCUGUGGAGCCAAUGCCCAAUGUCACCCGUCAAAUAAUGAAGCCGUAUGCUCCUGUUUACCCGAAUUCUAUGGAACCCCUCCUAACUGUCGACCCCAAUGUACUCUUAACUCAGAGUGUGCUUAUGAUAAGGCUUGUGUUCAUCACAAGUGUGUCGAUCCCUGUCCUGGAAUUUGUGGUAUUAACGCUGAAUGUCGCGUCCACUACCACAGUCCCAUAUGUUACUGCAUCUCUUCCCAUACGGGUGAUCCGUUCACACGUUGUUACGAGACCCCAAAACCUGUUCAACCCCAAAUAUACGACACACCUUCUCCUCCCUAUCCGGUUGCUAUACCUGAUCUCGUGUACAUACAACAACAACAACCGGGAAUAGUAAAUAUUCCUUCUGCCCCUCAACCUGGAUACCCCGCGUCUCAGCAACCAGUUUUUAAUGUGAACCAUCCAUCACCACAACCAGGAAGUCCUCAACAACCCGGAGUAGUUAAUAUACCUUCUGUGUCACAGCCAGUCUACCCAUCGCCCCAGCCACCUGUUUACAAUGUCAACUACCCGACAACGUCUUAUCCAGUUCCCCAGCAACCCGGUGUUGUAAAUAUUCCUUCUGCACCCCAACCGGUGCCUCCGACAUCACAGAUACCAGUGUUUAUACCAUCGCCCGUGAAUUCAUCCCCUGCACCUCAGCCAGGAGUUAUCAAUAUUCCUUCAGUGCCGCAACCUGGAUAUCCUUCGCCACAAACCCCGGUUUAUGAUGUUAACUACCCAACGACACCGACUCCUAUUCCACAACCUGGCGUGGUUAAUAUUCCAUCUGUGCCACAUCCAGCAUAUCCUACUCCAAGGCCUCCGACCUAUGAUGUGAACUACCCAACACAACCACCACCAGUACAUCCUGGCAUAAUCAAUAUACCAUCUGUGCCACAGCCGACAACUCCAUCACAACAACCUCCCGUUUUUAUACCUUCUCCUGAAAGACCGACGCCAGCUACCCAGCCAGGAGUAAUAAAUAUUCCCUCGGUAGCACAGCCAGUAUACCCAACACCUCAGUCACCUAUUUAUGAUGUGAACUAUCCAACAACACCGUCUCCCGUUCCUCAGAAGCCUGUAGUGAUAAAUAUUCCCUCAGCACCCCAACCAGUGCAUCCUUUAACGAAUCCUCCAGUUUACGAUGUUAACUAUCCAACGUCACCACCAAUUCCUCAACAACCAGAGAUUCUUAAUAUACCAUCGCACCCACAGCCAGUGCCACCGUCUCCCCAACCACCUAUAAAUAUACCAUCUAAUGAGACUCCAUCGUCUGCACCACAUCCUGGAAUUAUAAAUAUUCCUUCGUUCCAACAACCUGUUUAUCCUACGCCACAUGCCCCUGUUUACGACGUUAACUACCCAACGUCACCACCAGUGAUAACGCCGCAACCUGGAGUCGUUAACAUUCCAUCAGUGCCGCAGCCAGUGCCUCCGGUUUCUCAACGUCCCGUAUUUAUACCGUCACCUGAAAAUACGACACCUGCUCCUCAACCAGGAGUCAUUAAUAUACCUUCAGUGGCACAGCCAGUGCAUCCAACAUAUCAAACUACGGUUGUGCAACGACCGGCUAUAUACGAUGUGUAUUACCCACCACCUCCGUCAAGACCGGGUGUGAUCAACAUUCCUUCGCCACCACGUCCUGUAUACCCGGUUCCCCAACAGCCAAUCUACAUACCAGCACCAGUUUUGAACAUACCAGCUCCAAGACCAAUCAUUCAUAACAUUCCUUCAGUACCGCAGCCGACGAACCCACUUACGAAUCCACCUAUCCAGGAUGUUAUUUAUCCAUCUCCAACGCCAACUCCUCCAGCACCAGGAAUAAUUAAUAUUCCUUCGGUGCCUCAGCCGGUGCCAUCGCCAACUCCUGGCGUGAUCAAUAUACCGUCGCAACCAUCGCCGCCGAUCUUAGUGCCAGCUCCAGGAGUUGUAAACAUUCCCUCGGUUCCACAACCGACGUAUCCACCUCAAAACCCACCAAUUCACGAUGUCAGCUAUCCAAUGCCACAUCCAACUCCUCCAGCACCAGGAAUUAUUAAUAUUCCUUCGGUGCCUCAGCCGGUGCCAUCUCUAACUCCUGGUGUGAUCAAUAUUCCUUCUCAACCAUCCCCACCAGUCUCAGUGGAAAAGCCUGGAAUAAUUAACAUUCCAACGAUACAACAACCUACAACUCCAACCCCUCAAAAUCCGAUACAAAAUGUCCAAUAUCAGACCCAGAGACCACAACCUACCCCUGGAAUAAUCAACAUACCCUCCGUGCCACAACCGACGUAUCCGACUCAAAAGCCAUAUUACCAAGAUGUUAACUACCCAACUCCACAACCUAAUCCACCGAUACCGGGGGUUAUUAACGUUCCUUCGUUGCCCCAGCCUGUGCCUUCACACAUUCCUGGUGUGAUUAAUGUACCCUCACAACCAUAUCAGCCGGUACCAUCACCAACACCCGGAAUAACCAACAUUCCGUCGGUACCGCAACCUAUACCUUCAACACCGGAAAAUCCUGUCCAGGAGGUCCAACACGAUACUCACAGACCACAACCUAUUCCUGGCGUGGUCUAUGUCCCAACUGUACCGCAACCAACUCCAGAGCGUCCCAACUAUGAUGUGGCAAAGCCCGUUUUCGACUUUAACCCGUGCUAUCCAUCGCCUUGUGGACCCUACUCGCAUUGUCACAAUAGAUUUGGAGUGGCUGCCUGCGUUUGCAUUCCAAACUAUAUUGGAACUCCACCCAAUUGCCGACCAGAAUGCGUAAUUAACUCGGAUUGCCCAUCAACCUUGGCCUGUAUCAAUGAAAAAUGUCGGGAUCCUUGCCCAGGAUCUUGUGCUUACAAUGCAGUGUGCCGUGUCCAUGAACAUGUACCGAACUGCUUCUGCCAAACCGGCUACACCGGAAAUCCAUUUGUAUCGUGUCAGCCCACACCGAUAGUCCCUGUUCAACGUGAGCCCAUUGAGGCGAAGGACCCAUGCUAUCCAUCUAUCUGCGGACCGAACGCCGUGUGUAAUAAUGGAAAAUGCAGUUGUAUACCGGAAUAUCAUGGAGAUCCAUAUGUUGGUUGUCGGCCGGAAUGUGUCCUCAAUACGGAUUGUGCCAGGGACAAGGCUUGCAUCCGUCAGAAGUGCCAAGAUCCUUGUCCAGGCACUUGUGGAUUAAAUGCCUUGUGCCAUGUAUACAAUCACGUGGCCAUCUGUACAUGUCCAGAGCAAAUGCAGGGAGAUGCUUUUGUGAGAUGUGACUCAAUACCCAAGCCCAAACCCCCUGUUCCAGUACCACCUACGACUUUGCCUGCUCUCGUACCUCAACGUACUCCGAUUAAUCCCUGCCAGCCAUCACCUUGUGGACCCAAUGCCCAAUGCAGAGCUUAUUAUGAACAGGCGAUUUGCUACUGCUUGCCCGAUUUUAUUGGCACUCCACCCGCUUGUCGUCCGGAGUGUACCUCGAACUCAGACUGUGCCCUUGACAAAUACUGUCUGAACCUCAGGUGUCGCGAUCCUUGUCCCGGAGCUUGUGGCAUUCGUGCCAUUUGCCAUGUGCAGAACCACGGUCCCUUGUGCGUGUGUCCACCCCAGUUGACGGGUAAUCCGCUGCUGGCUUGCCAACCCAUAGUUAUUCCCCCCGUAGAACGCGAUGAAGUGAAUCCCUGUCAGCCCUCACCCUGUGGUCCUAAUUCCGUGUGCCAAGCCGAGUCAGGUGGAGCAAGAUGCUCUUGCCAACCGCAAUACCACGGUACUCCGCCAUUCUGUCGGCCGGAGUGUGUUAACAGCGCCGAUUGUCCGGCGGAUAAGGCGUGUAGGAAUUACAAGUGCAUUGAUCCGUGUCCCGGCAGUUGUGGUCUCUCUGCUCUGUGUCGCGUGGUGUCACACAGUCCACUGUGCUACUGUCCCGAGGGCUUUGUGGGCAAUGCCUUCAGCCUGUGCACUCGACCAGAGCCAAAUCCACCUGCCGUGGUGAUCCUGCCCUGCAAUCCCAAUCCCUGUGGAGUCAACGCCAUUUGCCUGCCCCGCAAUGAGUUGAGCGUUUGCCAGUGUCUGCCGGGUUACUAUGGCAAUCCGUCUGAGAUCUGCCGACCCGAAUGCACCGUCAACUCGGACUGUCCAAGUCACAGGGCUUGCAUGGGUGAAAAGUGUCGCGAUCCCUGUCCCGGGGUUUGUGGCAUCAAUGCCCUUUGUCAGGUCAUUAACCAUAGUCCCGUUUGCGAAUGCCACCCGGGUCACGUGGGCAAUCCCCACCAUAGCUGUCGUAUUCCGCAGCAUGAACCCACCGUACCUGAGUAUGUGAAUCCCUGCCAGCCGUCACCCUGCGGUGCCAAUUCCCAGUGUCGCGAGUCCCAGGGACAGGCCAUCUGCUCCUGCCUGCCGGAGUUUGUGGGCACACCGCCAUCGUGUCGUCCGGAGUGUGUGAUCAGUGCCGAGUGUCCGGCGGACAGGGCGUGCAUCAACCAGAAGUGUCAGGAUCCUUGUCCCGGAGCUUGUGGCUUGAAUGCCCAGUGCCAUGUGCGCAACCACAGUCCGCUGUGCUCGUGUCAAACCGGAUUCACGGGCGAUGCCCUGACCCGCUGUCUGCCCGUUCCGCCUCCGAAGCCACCGAAAUCUAACGAUAUCCGUGAUCCUUGCGUGCCAUCACCCUGUGGACCGUACUCCCAGUGUCGGGUGGUCAAUGGCGGAGCUAGUUGCAGCUGUCUUCCCAAUUAUGUGGGAGCGGCACCAUACUGCCGACCGGAGUGCACCAUCAAUGCGGAGUGUCCCAGCAAUCUGGCCUGCAUCAACGAGAAGUGCCGCGAUCCAUGUCCCGGAGCCUGUGGCUUUGCUGCCCAGUGUAAUGUCAUCAAUCAUACGCCCAGUUGCGCCUGUCCCGCUGGCUAUACUGGAGAUCCGUUCACCAGUUGCCGACUGCUGCCACCACCACCGCCCCCGAAAACUCCCUCCGAUCCCUGCCAGCCCUCACCCUGCGGAGCUAAUGCUCUGUGUAACAAUGGUCAGUGCUCUUGCCUGCCGGAGUACCAGGGUGAUCCCUACACCGGAUGCCGCCCGGAGUGCGUUUUGAACGCGGAAUGUCCCAGGAACAGGGCGUGUGUGAACCAGAAGUGCGUGGAUCCUUGUCCAGGACACUGUGCAGCCAAUGCACUCUGCGAUGCCGUGAACCACAUCGCCAUGUGUCACUGCCCGGAAAGGAUGACGGGCAAUGCGUUCGUCUCCUGCCUUCCGAUACGCGAUGAUCCACCGCCACCAACGACUCCUCCCAAUCCCUGCCAGCCCUCGCCGUGCGGAGCCAAUGCCCAGUGCCUGGAGAGGAACGGCAAUGCCAUCUGCUCUUGCCUGGCCGGAUACUUUGGCCAGCCGCCCAAUUGUCGACUGGAGUGCUACUCCAGCUCCGAUUGCGCCCAAGUGCACACGUGCAUCAACAACAAGUGCGUGGACCCGUGUCCGGGCAAAUGUGGCCAGAAUGCCGUAUGCCAGGCGAUCCAGCAUAGGGCACAUUGCGAGUGCAUCCCUAGACACACUGGCAAUGCCUAUGUUUUGUGCAGUCCCAUACCCAGGAUACCUGAAAUUGUUCGUGAUCCUUGCCAGCCAUCGCCUUGUGGUCCCAACUCUCAGUGCAGAAAGGUGAACGACCAGGCGGAGUGCCGCUGUCUGCCGGAGUUCCAGGGCACCCCGCCGAACUGUCGACCCGAGUGUGACAGCCACGAUGAGUGUGCCAAUACCCUGGCCUGCAUGAAUCACAAGUGUCGCGAUCCCUGUCCCGGAAGCUGUGGCCAGAAUGCCCAGUGUACGGUCAGCCUUCACACACCCAACUGUCAGUGCCCCGUGGGCAUGACUGGCGAUCCGUUCCGACUUUGCCGACCCAUACCACGUGAUGAACCCAAGCCCCCGCCGACUCCCAAGAAUCCUUGCUACCCGUCGCCAUGCGGCACCAAUGCCGUGUGUCGCGUCCAAGGAGAGAACUACGUUUGCGAGUGCAGCCAACGGGAGUACAUCGGCAAUCCCUACGAGGGAUGCCGCCCCGAGUGCGUCGGCAAUUCCGAGUGUCCUGCCAAUCAGGCCUGCAUCCGCAGCAAGUGCCAGGAUCCUUGUCCGGGCGUCUGUGGCCUGGAGGCCAUUUGCACCAUGAACAACCACAUACCGAUCUGUUCCUGUCCACCGGGCUACACGGGCAAUGCGUUUGCCCAGUGUACCCGCCAGUUGACUCCACCUACUCCCUCGGAUCCCUGCUAUCCAUCGCCCUGUGGACCCAACUCGAUUUGCCGGGUGCAGAACGAGAAGGCUGUGUGCGAAUGCCUGCCCGGAUUCCCAGGUAACCCACUGGUUCAGGGCUGUCGUCCGGAGUGCACACUCAGCUCGGAUUGCGCCAAGGAUCGGGCCUGCAUCAACUCCAAGUGCGUGGAUGCCUGCGUGGGAGAGUGCGGAUUCGGAGCCGUUUGCCAGACCAUCAACCACAGUCCCGUGUGCAGUUGUCCGGGCAAUAUGGUGGGCAAUCCGUUUGUCCAGUGCGAGGAACCACGCCAGGCCGAGCCCCUCGAUCCCUGCCAGCCCUCUCCGUGCCGCAGCAAUGGAAUCUGCCGCGUUUACAACGGAGCCGCCACCUGCAGUUAUCCGGAGUGCGUGAUCAACGAGGACUGUUCCCGGGACAGGGCAUGUGUGAGUCAGAAAUGCCGCGAUCCUUGUCUGAAUGCCUGCGGCAUCAAUGCCAUCUGUCGGGCCAUCAACCACAAGGCCGUGUGCAGCUGUCCGCCGGAGUUCUACGGUUCUCCGUACGCCCAGUGCCUGCGGCAGAUCCCAGAGCAACCGCCCAAACCGGAAUGCAUCAGCGACGGAGACUGCACCAAUGACAAGGCCUGCAUCAACCAGGUUUGUCGCAAUCCCUGCGAGCAAUCGAACCUCUGCGCCCAACAGGCGCGCUGCCAUGUCCAACUCCACCGACCACUGUGCGUCUGCAAUGAGGGAUACACCGGAAACGCCUUGCAGAACUGCUACCUUCUGGGCUGCCGAUCCGAUGGAGAAUGCGCCGCCAAUGAGGCCUGCAUCAACCAGCAGUGUGUGGAUCCCUGUGGAUUCACGCAGUGCGGAGAGGGAGCCAUCUGCCGGGCUGACUUCAAUCACCGGGCCAGGUGCCAUUGCCUGGAGGGAUACCGCGGCAAUCCUCUGGUGCGUUGCGAACGUCCAGAGUGUCGAUCGGAUGACGAAUGCGCAUUCCAUCUGGCCUGCCGCAAUGAACGUUGCGAGGAUCCCUGCAACUGCGGCAUUGGAGCCCAGUGCCGCGUGGAGAACCAUCGUGCUCAGUGCCGCUGUCCAGCCGGUUUCAGUGGAAACCCGGCCGUAAGAUGUGACCUGGUGCCCACACAACCGGAGGGCUGCACCAUGGACGCCGAGUGUCCCAGCAAGUUGGCCUGCUUCGGUGGCGAGUGCAAGAACCCAUGCGAUGUCACGCAUCCAUGCGGCGCCAAUGCCAUCUGUGAAGUGGUGGACACCCUGCCCCUGCGCACCAUGAUGUGCAGCUGUAUUCGUGGCUUUGUGGGCGAGGCCGACAUUGGAUGUCACAAAGAACCCCCGCGUGAUCAGGGCUGUGUGUCGCAUGAUCAGUGCCAGGAUACGGAAGCCUGUCGCGGCGGAAACUGUGUCAAUCCCUGCCUGGAUGCCUCGCCUUGUGCCCGCUCCGCCCAGUGUUUGGCCCAGCAGCAUCGCGCCAUCUGCAGCUGCCCAGAGAGAACCCAAGGAGAUCCAUUCACCAACUGCUAUGAGCCACCUGAAGUCAAGACUGGCUGCACCCACGAUUCGGAAUGUGAGCCGAACACGGCCUGCAUCAAUAAACGCUGCCAGGAUCCGUGUGCCGAGGCCAAUCCUUGUGCCGGAAAUGCCGAGUGUCGCGUGCAGAACUCCCGACCGAUUUGCUUCUGUCCAGCUGGUUGGGGUGGUGACCCACAAGUUCAGUGCUACAAACCCGAGUGCAAGAUCAAUGCCGACUGUCCGUAUGACAAGACCUGCUUGAACGAGAACUGCGUGGAUCCCUGCACCCAUGGCCAGGUGCGCUGCGGCAGUGGAGCCCAGUGCCUGGCGCAGAACCACCAGGCGGUUUGCAUCUGCCCAACCGGAACGCAGGGCAACCCCUUCGUCUCCUGCAUCACGGGACACUGUCAGUACAACGAGGAUUGUGCGGAUCACGAGGCCUGCGAUCGAUUGAAUCGCGUGUGCCGACCUGUUUGCGAUCAGGAGACCUGUGCCCUGAAUGCCCUCUGCGUGGGUCGUCGCCAUCAGCCGCAGUGCGAGUGCCGACCCGGCUACCAGGGCAAUCCGCAUGUGCAGUGCGACAUACCGGUGAAGACGCCCAAGCCGCAGUGUGUCCAGGAUGCCGACUGUCCCUCGAAAUUGGCCUGCAUCAAUGAACGCUGUGCGGAUCCCUGUGCCACUCCCAAUGUGUGUACUCCGCAGCAGACCUGCACGGUCUUGGACACCCUGCCAAAGCGAGCGAUGGCCUGCAAGUGUCCCGGCGACACGGUGACGGAUGUCUCCCGCAACUGCGUGCCCAUCAAUGUGCCCAAGGUCGUUACCGGCUGUCAGCAUAACUCGGAGUGUGCCAAUCCCGAGAUCUGCUCGAAUGGAAAUUGCCUCGAUGCCUGCCGACUGGAGAGGUGUGGCGUUAAUGCCCAGUGCACCGCCAGGGAUCACUACGCCCAGUGUAGUUGCCCGAAGGGCUACCAAGGCAAUCCGCGCAUCGAGUGCUCUACAACGGAGGUGGAUAGGCCACGGAUCCCCAAUCCGGGCUGCUCACGCAACGAUGAUUGCCCCAGGGAUCAAAUUUGUCGCAACGAGAUCUGCGAAAGUCCCUGUUCCUCGGAUGCCUGUGGCAUCGGCGCCUACUGCCAUGUGCAGCAGCGCAAGGCCAUCUGCCGCUGUCCACCUGGAUAUUCCGGAAACCCACAAGAUCGCUGUCUGCCACCAUCCGAUGUGAUAACCGUGGGCUGCAAAUCCAGCACCGACUGCCCCUCGACGGAGGCGUGUAUCAACACCCAGUGCGUGAGUCCCUGCAACUGCGGUCCGAAUGCCGAGUGCACGGUGAAGAACCACCAUCCGAUCUGCUACUGCAAGCCCGGAUUCUCGGGCAACGCCCAGUUUGGAUGCUCCCCGAUUGGCUGCCAGUCGGACGACGAGUGCAGCGGGGACAAGCAGUGCGUGAACCGGGAGUGCAUCAACCCAUGCCUGGCCAGCGAUCCGUGUGCCCUGAAUGCCGAGUGCUAUGGACGCAACCAUCGCGCCAGUUGCCGCUGUCCGGUGGGAUUGGAGGGUGAUCCGUUUGUGCGCUGCCUGCGCUUGGAAUGCCACUCCGACUACGACUGCGCCUCGAACCUGGCCUGCGUGUCCAACGAAUGCGUGAGCCCGUGUGGUGAGAGGAGGAAUCCGUGUGCCCAGAAUGCCAUCUGCCAGGCGCUGCAGCAUCGCGCUGUUUGCCGUUGUCCGGACCAAAUGCCGCGGGGUAAUCCGUUCAGCUACUGCGAGCCUCUACCCGUGAAGCCAGUGUGCCGCGAUGAUGGAGACUGCCCCAGCGGACUGGCCUGCAUCGACGACAAGUGCCAGAACCCGUGCACAGUGCUCACGCCCUGCCAUCCGACUGCCCAGUGCAGUGCUCUGGACAGCGUGCCCGUGCGCACGAUGGUCUGCGAGUGUGCGGAGUACGAGGUGCCCGAUGCCAGUGGAGCGUGCCGCAAGCUGGUGCCGCCCCGCCAACCCGGCUGCGAGAGCGACCAGGACUGUCCCGACCAGGAGGCCUGCAUCCAUGCCCAGUGCCGCAAUCCGUGCAACUGCGGCAACAACGCCGUCUGCCAGGUGACCCAACAUCGCGCCGUGUGCAGCUGCCAGGAUGGAUACGAGGGCAAUCCCUAUGCCUCAUGUCGCUCCAUCGGCUGCCGAGUGGAUGGCGAAUGCGAUUCCGGCAAGGCCUGCAUCAAUGGCGACUGCAUCAAUCCGUGCCUGAUCAACGAUCCCUGCGGACCCAAUGCCGAGUGCUAUGUGCAGUCCAAUCGGGCCCAGUGUCGCUGUCUCAGUGGCUAUCGGGGCAAUCCGUACGAGCGUUGCCGCGUCAUCGGCUGCAGCAGCAACAACGACUGUCCCACGGACAAGACCUGCCAGAACGAGCAGUGCGUGAACCCCUGCGUCUACCACAACCCAUGUGCCCCGCGUGCGGAGUGCCGGGCGCAGAAUCACCUGGCCGUUUGCCGUUGUCCUGCCGAAUUCCUGGGCAAUCCCUACGUGGACUGCCGGCCACCGCCGCAGCCCAUUUGCCAGCUGGACACCGAUUGUCCCGGCCGCCAGGCCUGCAUAAACGAACAGUGCGUGGAUCCCUGCCUGGUGCUGGAACCAUGCCAGCGACCUGCCCUCUGCGAGGUGACCCCCACAUCGCCGGUGCGCACCAUGCUCUGCAUCUGUCCGGAUGGCUAUGUGAGCCGCGGCAAGGGAGGCUGCAAGCCCACCCAGGGCGUCAAGGAUGUGGGAGGCUGCAUCUCGGACGCAGACUGUCCGGCGGACAAGUCCUGUCUGAACAGCGUGUGCCGAGAUCCGUGCAAUUGCGGCUUGAAUGCCGAGUGCCGGAUCAAGGAUCACAAGCCUGUGUGCACCUGUCGCCAAGGAUUCGAGGGUAACCCCGAGUUCGAGUGUGCCAAGAUCGAGUGCAGCAUCAACUCCGACUGCCCGGGCACCCAUCUGUGCCGCAAUCAGCUCUGCAUCCCCGCCUGCCAGGGCGAACAGUGCGGCUCGAAUGCCCAGUGCCUGGCCAUUGAGCACCGUGCCGUUUGCGAGUGCAUUCCAGGACAUGGCGGUAACGCCAGGAUUGCCUGUACUCCGCUGGGAUGUCGCUCUGACGAUGAAUGUCCCACGGACAAGGCGUGCGUCAAUGGCAAAUGCAACGAUCCCUGCACAACCACGGCGAUCUGUGGCCAAGACGAGCUGUGCAAGGUGUACCAGCACCGACCGCAGUGCGCCUGUCCGCCGGGCACUGUGCCCGGACGGAACGGCUGCGAGUCGGAGCGCCACGUGCCCAUCUGCAUCAGCGAUGCGGACUGUCCCAGCCAGCGGGCUUGCCUGCGAGGCGAAUGUGUGAAUCCCUGCAAUGCCACCCAGCCGUGCGGCGUGAAUGCCUUCUGCAGUGUCCGGGACACUUUGCCCGUGAGGACCAUGAUCUGCGAGUGCCUGGAGGGCUACACCGGCAACCCAGCCGUGCAGUGCGACAAGCGCUCGCUGUGCGUCAUCGAGAAGGGAUUCGUGCGAGAUGUGGACGGACAAUGUGUCUGCCCGCCUGGAACCGCUCUGGACGUCUACGAAUACUGCACGCCGUGCCGAGAGGAGCAGGGCUACCGCAUCGACGAGAGUGGUCACUGUGUGUGCGCCCUGGAGCGUGGCAUGGUGAUCGACGAGCGCGGCCGCUGCACUUGUCCCAUUGAACUGGGCUACCGCCUGACUCCACGGGGCGAAUGCCAACCGGAGGAGCCGCCAGAGUGCACGAGCAACGAUCAGUGCGCCGAUAACCGGUACUGCAACCUGGACACCAAGACCUGCGAGGAUCCCUGCCUGACCAAGGUGUGCGGAGUGAAUGCCUUCUGCAAUGCCGUGAAUCACCGAGCCCAUUGCCAGUGCAUCACUGGCUACACGGGCAACCCGGAGUUGCACUGCAACCACACCAACUUCCGCACUGACUUCCCACGACCCGACAUGGUCGUCAGCUGUCUGGCCGAUGGCGUCCAAGUGGAGAUCCACAUAACGGAGCCAGGAUUCAAUGGAGUGCUGUACGUGAAGGGCCACAGCAAGGACGAGGACUGCCGACGGGUGGUCAACCUGGCCGGCGAGACGGUUCCCCGUACCGAGAUCUUCCGCGUCCACUUCGGCAGCUGCGGCAUGCAAGCUGUGAAGGAUGUGGCCAGCUUCGUGCUGGUUAUCCAGAAGCAUCCCAAGCUGGUCACCUACAAGGCCCAGGCGUACAACAUCAAGUGCGUCUACCAGACUGGCGAGAAGAACGUGACCCUAGGAUUCAACGUGUCCAUGCUGACGACGGCCGGAACCAUUGCCAACACAGGACCACCGCCCAUCUGCCAGAUGCGCAUCAUCACCAACGAGGGCGAGGAGAUUAACUCGGCCGAGAUCGGAGACAAUCUCAAGCUGCAAGUGGAUGUGGAGCCAGCCACCAUUUAUGGAGGCUUUGCCCGCUCUUGCAUUGCCAAGACGAUGGAGGACAAUGUGCAGAAUGAAUAUCUGGUCACGGAUGAGAAUGGCUGUGCCACGGAUACCAGUAUUUUCGGAAACUGGGAAUACAAUCCGGACACAAACAGCCUGCUGGCCAGUUUCAAUGCCUUCAAGUUCCCAUCGAGCGACAACAUCCGCUUCCAGUGCAACAUAAGAGUCUGCUUUGGACGCUGCCAGCCCGUCAACUGUGGUGGCUACAACGCCUUCGGGCGACGUCGUCGCUCCAUUGCGGACAACUCCACCGAUACGACCGCCAUUGCCACGAAUUCGGGUGUGGAGGGUCAACUGCGCGAGGAGAUAACCAUUUCGUCGAAUGCCAUUCUGACAUUCGAGAAGCGCAGCGGUCAAGGUCUGAAUGAUGCCAACAUCAAACCGGCGGCUCAGAGAGUCGAGGAUAUCUGCGUGUCGAUGGUGGGUCUGAUCAUUGCCCUGGUCAUCACGGCCCUGCUGGCCCUCGUGGCCGUCGCAGUGGCUGUGUCCUGCUGGCUGAUGGCCUACAGGAGGAGGCCCAAGACCAUUGCGCCCCUGCCCCAUCCGCCGGAGUUCCCCAACCCGCUGUUCGCCAAUCCCGACGCUGUGCCCGAGCCAACGCCGGAUUACAUCUCCUAAAUGUAACGUAACGUAAAAAUACACUGACAUAACAAACACACUCCUAGCUAUAUCUUUAGUCUGUAAGAAAAUCAAAUCAAUCAAGAAUAUGAAAAUUAUGUGAAUAUUUGAAAGGCAAGUGCAAAAAGUUGUGCAAAAAUGCAAAACAGAUCAAAUCGCGAAAGAAUAUCAAGAAAAAAAAGAAAAACAAAAGUACAUUUGUGAGCUGAAAGUAUAUAUUCGGCAAUGUUGGCCGUAAAACGAAACUAUGAAAGAUUGAACUAUUGUAAAAAGCAAAAAUGACGAAGCGAGAAUCGCAUGAACAAUGCAUGAAAGUAAUUUAGUAGCUUAAGAAAAUAAUUUUAUUAAUUGUAUUAACGUUUAGUAUUCUCCUUCUUACUAACAUGAGAAUUCCGCGUAGUGUUUGUACGUUUAGCUGCCACAUAGAGUCCACAAACUGCCAAACAUAGAGAGUGCAGCUACAAACGAAUUCUCGUCCUUUAACGACAACUUCUUCAUUAGUCGAGCAUCAAUAUUAAUACUGUUAUAUAUUAAACUAAAGACUUCCUAUAAAUAUUUAGGGUGUGGGUAGUAGCAACGACACUUUGUAUUAUAGCACAGACACACGCAACUGCAACUACUUCCUGUAAUUUAGAACUCAACUAGCCCGUUAAAAUUGAAAACUGCCUUUAAUUUCCAACAAGACCGAACAAUGCACCCCAGAAUACUCUCUAGCAGUAUGUAAGAGAUCGGUGGGACUUUAUUCCACGUGCUUUAUAUAUAACCACUGGACAAUAUGCCAACGAUUGUCUCAGUUGGAUUGUACACAAGCUAACGAGUUAGAAAACACACACACACACACACCGAAGAACAUAGAUACUCUGUACAGCUUAUGGCACGUGGGAAUAGUCGCAACAAGAUCUGGACACCAACUUAAUCGAAAGAAUAGGGAACAGAACUAUAACUGCCACUGAGGCGUCAUCAGCGCACAAAAGAUACUUAUCUAUUGCAUAGGAAAUACUAGGUUUGUUUUAAUUUUAAUCGCAACAACGACUAAUGGAGGAUUUGAUUUUUACCACUAUCCCUCGACCACUUCUACUUGUACUACACACUCUACUAUGAUUAACCAUUAUUUUUGUAGUUUUUUAGUCAAUUAAUAUUAAAUUGUUGUGAUUGUUUUUAAUGCAAAAGAGAUACUUCCACUAACUUACUAAUAUGUAGAGACAAAAGUAUAGAGAGUACUUAAAAAGGCAACGAACCAGCGCCCCUGCCCCGCCCCCUUUUCCGUUUUCCAUGUGGAAAAGCACGCCACUGUCAUCGCGCCGGAAACUAUGCAGCGAAUUUCCGUUUCCGGCGCCCGUUUCACAGAGCAUAUCUUUUCCUGAUGCGAUUAUAGUUAGGGGGGAACUGCGGCACCUGGCCUGGAUAAUUAAAUUAUUAAAAAUGAAGUUUUAAAUUAAUAUUAUUAAACGUAAACAAAAUGUAUAGUCACUACUUUAAGAAGAAACUGAAUUUUCUUUAUAGUAAAAUACCAUACAAUAUAAACUCGCACUCAGACACGUACACAAAGAGACAGAAUUUGUAAAUAAUACACAGGCAAACUCUAUGGUAUUUUUAGUAGCGCAUUAUUGUGUAUAGGUUUCUACACGACGUUGACUCUCAAAUCCGAACUAAAUCACAGCCUAACCUUAACCAAUGCCAGGCAUAAAAUUAUUUUCUUAAUUCCAUAACCAAUAGAACAUACAUAAAGAAGUGCACAAAUGCAGCAACCAACCGCCUCGUUCACAACUACCAAACACUUUUAUUUUUCUUUACAAGAACCGCUUAUAAAUCUGACCCCAAACUAGUGUUACAUUGAACAUAGACAAAACUUUUUGCACUGGCAGCAAAUAUAAAAGAGAAAUAAUAAUAACGAAUAAGAACCGAUCUUAUUGUAAAAAGAAAAACAAUAGUUAAAUUGUACUUAUAAAGAAA